AUGGCCAAGGUCUGGUUGGGUGCAGCUGUUGGAUUUUACUUGUUGCAGCUUUCUUUAGCCCGGAUAGGUAAGUGGCUUAUGAAUGAAAUCCCUUAUACUAGCCGAUGAGCGUACGAGAUACUUCGGAGAGCAAAAACUUCCUCCGGCUUGCCAGCUGGACUGUUCAACUUCAUUGACAUUUUACCGUGCGUUUCCCGCGUGACGAAGACACUGAAAGGGAACCUGUGAAAUUUUUCAUUGCAAGAGGGAUGCAUGGGUGUGUUUUGUGUGGAGGCAGGAUAGAGAAGUAUAGAAGGUUCUUUUAGCUUGAAACACGGAGGUUUAAAGCUAACAAUGUUCGCUGGACAGAGAAAUGAGCUUCUGCACAUCUGGUCCACAUUCAGGCUUGCAAACCACAGUUAUGUAUUUAUUUUUGCUCCGUUCCUUCUGUGAAGUAGACAUCGGAGGGAGGGAGGGGAAGGAAACCUUACAAUAGCUGUAUUCUUGAGCUUGCAGGAGAAGCAAGAUGCAGAAGCCAUAACGACUUCUCUUCUCCAUGCUGGGAAUGAAAUUUGGAGAGUUUUCAGGGCAGAAAGUGAAAAGUGCUCGCUGGCUUUCAGAACUUUAAUUUGAGCAUGACUAGUGAGGAGGUUUAGAAGCAAACUUGAAGCCAGUCUGGCAGGAAUGGGCAGCUCAUUUCCCUCCUUGCCCCCCAGCUAGCUUUCCGAAGUCUGCCUGUGAAUAAUAAAACGAAAUGCUUGUUUGGCAAUGAAAGUGCUCAUGCAUUUAAGAAAAUCACAUGUCCCGAAUGACAAAAUAAGUCUUUAAAAGUUUGAUGUGAUACAGAACCACAAGUAUUUGCGAAGAAAUAACUGUGCCUUCAACAGAGACCCAUUGUAAUAGAAAUUGCCUUGAGCUGUUUUGAAGGGAGUCUAUUAUCCUUAUCCACCCCCUCCCCCAGAUCAUUGGAAGCUUACAAAAUACUUUUUAAAAAAGGGGCAUUGGCGCCUUAGUGUUUUAAAUACUUAUUUGAGCAUAAAGAAGUAAAUUGGAUAAUAGGUUGCUCUACCGAUUCCUAAAUGGGUGUGUCAGAGUGCACGGUUCUAACCACGUUUUCGGAAUUUCCAGAAUUUCUAAAAAAUUUUUGCAGCACUGCUUUCAGAAAUACUUCUUCGGUGAUCAGGGUUUUACUUUAACACACACACACAAACACACACACACACACACGUUACCAGGUACCCAAGUAUGCACUUUUCAAACAUAAGGAGGUGUUCUCGGUUUGUGAUAUAUGAGGUGUGGCUAACAUUUUGGAUUAGAUAUAACAUGUGUAUGUACAUAUGUAUACUUUAGAAUGGCUAUGUUUCUUAUUUAGUUAUUCCUUGCUCAGCUAAUAUUCCCUUUUAUGAACUGCCAAACCUUCUAUAAAUAAGCGCAGCCUGCAAUUACUCUGGGUUGUGUUGCAUUUUAGCUGUAGAAAAGAGAGAAGGAUCUCCCCUUCCCAUCUAAUCCUCGGUGUGGUUAGGAAAAAACAUGUCAAGCCGCAUGUAUGUCUUGCAGGAGAGUUUCUUUAGGGGUUUAGCAAGGUAUUAGAUUAUAGCUACAUUAUAUUUUGGUCGGUAUACGGUACAUUCCAGGCAAGCUUUAUAGUGACAAAUGGCUUUGCAACUGCACUUGGUUCCCUCCACCAGCACCACCCUGAGCUGGAGACGGGCAAUACAGUAGUUGUUGUUUUUUUCAGUGAGAAGAUUUUAUAUGAGUAGAAGCAAUGAAAACGGUUGGGGAGGCAGACAAUACAUGGCAUGUAACAUCUCAAACUGUUUUCAGCUCUCUUCAAAAAAGGAAGAACUGUAUCUUCCUAUCUCGGUAUAUCUGAAUACAGACAAUUCUACAGGACUAGAUGGAAUUCUCUUUAUCGUUUCUAUCGCUUUUCUGACAGGUCGUGUAGUGGGAUAUCGGAUUCUAGUCCACAGCCGGAGACAUGCUCAGCUAUAAAGCCUUGUGGAUGUCCUGGGGCCCACUACUGUCUCUUAGUUUAACCUGUAGCUUGCCAGAUUCAUCUUGGAUAAUGCCGUAUAUGCUGCCAUGAGAUUUGUGAAACAGGAGCAGGAUUAGGAUGUGACAAAUGAGUUACAAAGUACUUUAUAGUCCUCGUUACCUUGUACUGAUUCAGACCAUUUGUCCAGCUAGGUCAGUAUUGUCUAGACUGAGUGACAAUGACUCUUGCAUUUUCCAGCUCCGACUGAAGACGUCAAAGCUUGGAAAGCUUUGACUUUCCCCCUUAAAAUAGCUAUACAAUUAUUUCCAUUUUGCUGAGGCCAAGUGGAGACUUGGUCACUGAGCAGCCAUCCUGAUUUGUUUGCAAGGAGAUUAGAUGACACUUGCUUUGUAAUGAGCAUUCCUUCCAAUUUGUUUGCAGAGAAGUUAGAUGAUGGCUGCAUCAAAACAAAUGUUAUCCCACCUUUUCCAGGGCAUUUCCCCAUCAAUUUCCUUAUUGCAUAAGGUCCAGUAUUUUGGGAGAACAGGUUUGUUGCGCAAGGGGCUAUCCUUUUAACAACCUGAGUUUGUGUGUAUGUGACUGAAAUAAUGACAGUCUGUAAAUACCCUAAGAAACAGCAGAUUGCACAAAGCCACCCAUUCAAGUAAUUUAAACCCAGAUCUCCCAGUUCCCAGCUGCCAAAGGCUACAGAUCCAAAUUGCCUCUCAUUCCUAUGCCUGGGGCGAUUGACUCUUCAAUAGUGCAAUCUAUUUAAUCUAGAACCUUUCUGAUACUCAGUUUAUACGCUCCUGGAAGUUGCUGCAGCAUGGCUCCUCAACCACUACUCCUGGAAACAUUUGAUGGAACCAAAUCUGGGUCGGCAGAGCUAGUGACGCAUCAUUGCUUCCCAUAUCAAUGGUUCUGUACCAUGAGGCAUGGACAGGAACCAUGUGCUGGCCUUGGCUUCUUGAAUUCCUUCCUUCAAAUGUUAGGCGCAGCAUGGGAGUGGUUGUGCCUCUAUCGGUAGUGUAUAGGUUGGGCCUUGCAAUGAAAGUGAAAAGCAGCCUCAUUUAUUUGGGUGUAUCCAGAUAUCUCCAGGGUUUGGUAAUAGAAGACUUGGGAGUGCCAAGAAAUAGCAAGGGACACAUAGAAAGGUGAAGUCUUUAUGCUGAAGAGGCAGUCUAAGUAAGGUGAGAUGAUGAAACCAGAAACGUUACCUAUAGAAGAGAAUGGGAUUCUGUCUACUGUUCUUAAAGAGGGUUCUGUUUUUCUGCCUUCUGAACAGGAUGACUGUCAAGCUGUAAUUUAUACAGUAUGUCCUUUAUUCACACUUGUAGUGAAUGUAAUAUCCUUUCUUUAUGCUGGUUUUCAUGUGCUGUUAUUUUGGCCAUUUCACGAACAGACUAAGGUAAUUAGGUGUAUUAAGUGAUAUGCCUGAGCUGGAACUUCACAACACCACACCUUGUCAGGUCUGUGUUUCCCUUUGGAUUCUCAUGUGUCCAUUUCUGGACCCAGUUCAGAAUUCUGGUUUUGAUCUUUAAAGUCUUUAUUGGUAUGGGACCAAAGUUCCUGGAAGAUUGCCUUCGUCCACAUGUACAUACUCUGAUCUUAAGAGCUUCUUCCCAGUUCCUUCCUUUGGUGCACCCACCAGGUGAGGUCCUGCUGAGACAAGGGGCAUCUCAGUGGUGGUAGCCAGGAUAUGGAAUACCUUUGUCACAGAGAAACCCAGUGCCUACCUUGAUGCCAUUUGGUGCCAAGCAAAAAUGUUAUUGUUUUCCUAGGGUUUUAAAUCAUUUUGCUUCUGCUUCUUGUUCUUAUACUCCUUUUAUAUGCUUUAUUGUUGGCCUGCCUUCUUGUGCAUUUGAAUUUUUUUCUUGUCGUAAGCUGCCCAGGAGAACUUGUUGACACAUACCCAGCUAAAAGAAAUAGUACAUGAAUGUUGUCGGAGAACAGUUAUGGAUUUUUUCCUUCCUUAUAGGCACUGUUGAAUUGGGGGGGGGGCAGUCACUCUUUUUUGGGUAGGGUUGAGAGACUCUUAAGUAUUUAAGGUACCUUUGGGAAUUUCCUCCCAUUAAAUAUUAGGCUCCUUCUCUGCUGUCUCUUUUUGUGCCUACAGAAAGCCUGCCUCUUCCAACAAGUUUUUUUUUAUGUAGAGAUCUCUUAUAGUCUGCAUCUGUAUUGGGAUUUUUCAGAUGUUUUAUUGUUUGUGGGUUUGCCAUCCUGGGCUUCUUUGUGAGGAAGGGCAGGGUAUAAAAUAAAUAAAUGUCUAUGAAAAGCUUCCCGCAUGCUGGGGAUGCCCCAGAUAUGAUAAUAGCAUGACCUGCUACCACAAAAUGUCAAAGUUGUAUUCUGGUUUUCGCAACUGGCCGAGGGAAUAAUCCUAGCAGCAUGAAUGAGAGUGCAGCAAAAAUGCAAUCCAAGCAAGAAGUGUGAGGUCAUUACAGCUGCAGUUGUGGAUUCCUGGAUCUGCUUGAGAGAGGGACUGGAAGAUGAUACUUUCUGGAAGCAAGAGGGGUAGAGAAGGGGGGGAAGGAGCAGCCAGUGGCAUAGCGUGGGGGGUGCAGGGGGGGCCGGCCGCACCGGGCGCAACAUCUGGGGGGGGCGCGCACUCGCAGCUCUCUGCCCCUACCUGGCUCACUCACUCUCUCUCACUGCAGUGCUGGCUGUGCGAAUCCGAUCCGAGCCACUGGGUCACCGCCUACUGUGGAGGGGGUGGGUGCCAGGCGUGCGGUGCGGAGAGAGAGCGAGGGACUAUCUGGGAGAGGGACAGUGCAGCGGUCGCCCAGCGCAGCGCUGAGCGCGGGAGAGAACCACACCAGACCAGCCCAGGCAGCAGCAAGAAGAAGCUGGCAGCGGCAGCAGGUUAGGGGUUAGGGGGCGCAAAUUACUUGCCUUGCCCCAGGUUAGGGGGCGCAAAUUACUUGCCUUGCCCCGGGUGCUGACAACCCACGCUACGCCACUGGGAGCAGCAAAGGAAGAAUUAAAGAUGGUUACAACACAGUCCCAAGCAAUGCUGGAGUGGGUUUAGUCAUGCUGGCCACAUGACCUGGAAAGUUGUCUGUGGACAAACGCAGGCUCUUUUGGCGUGAAGUGAGAUGAGCAUCACAAUCCCAUAGUCGCCUUUGACUGGAUUAAACCAUCCAGGGGUCCCUUACCAUUUACACCAAAGUUAUGGUUAAAUAAAUUCUAAAUUGCAAACCAACUAAUAAAAAACCCUUAUGCCUCAUUUGAAAUUUAAAGGGUCCCUACUGGCUGUAUCAUGUGAGUGAUCAUAAUAUCACAAAAGUUAAAAACACUGGAACUAAAAACAAAAACAUUAUCAAAAGUUAAAGCCUGAAAUAUUUCAAAGCCUUUCUUUGUUUAUGUUACCCCACCCUUUUAUUGUAAUGACAAAAUGGUUGCAGUUCAGCAAAUAAAUCACAACAUGGAAAUAAUCUGCUUUUGUUAGGAAACAAUACCUUUCAGGUUGAACCUGCUGUCUGUGAGCUAUUAAAUAACAAGCAUCAGCAAAACUGGCAAAACUGGAGGGAAGGAUGGGAAGGACAGAUGUAUCUUAAUGAGAAAAAGUUUAUGAAACAUUGGAUAAUUUUACUUCUAUUAAGACCUUUCCAGUGUGUUCAGCCUUUUUUCCUUAGGAUACAUGUCCACAGGAUACCUCCAGUGAGCAGAAAUCUAGGUGCAGAAUGCUACAAAGAGUUAAUGUGAAUUGGUUUAUGCAUUGUCAUAACUGAAUUCAAAUACUUCUCUGAGGUAUAAUUUUAUAAGGAGGGCAAUUACCGAAUCAUGUGGCUUGUUCCCUGUUCCACCCCUUUUCUCUCUUAAACUGGGUACAAGGUUUUCAGCAGGAAAAUAUGGCUCAUGGCUCUCUCUUCUCUGUUUCAUAUUUUCUAAAUAUAACCUCUCAGAUACAAGUGGUGCAGCCUUAAAAUUUAAAAGAGUCUUUUAACAUCUAACCUGCAAAUGCAAAAGCCACCCAGUCUUCUGAACAUUCAACUACUCAAGAGCAAGACACAAAUGUGUGGCAUAAACAGUUUAAACUUAAGUUUAACAACACUUGCUCUGAAUAGAUGUUGUGGUUUGACUGUUUCCUGCAGAGGAUGGCCAAAACAAUGAUUUUUCCCCCCCUUCAAAAGCCAUGGAAACAGUUACCUUACAGUGUACACAAUCGCAACUCUCUUCUUCUCAUUCAGCAGUUACAAUUACAAUGCCUACAAUUCAAAAUAGAAUGGUGUUCUAGUUUAUUCUAGUUCCAACCUGGUCCAUACUGUUUGCAUGACUCCAGCAAGGGCAGAACACAAAGUGUGGGGAUGGACUCACAGAUUAGUGUAGUAUUUUAUUAGUAUUUGAGAAGCUUUAUAUUUAUUGAGUCAUUUUAAAUAUUUACGCUCCACUUUUUAGGGCAAUGUUCUAACGAGGUGGCUUUUCACCAAUAAAUAAAGAAUAAUUACAGUAAAAAUAGACAAUGUAAAUUAAUGGAAACUAGACACCAACCAAAAACAACACAAAUCCAGAAUGACAGAGUUCCAAUCAUGGAGUCUUAAGCAUAAGGAUCCAGAGAGACCUCAUUAUUAAAAGUAGUAAAAAUUAAUCAGAGAAGUCUUAAGUAAAACAAAUGAGUCAUUAGAGCUGAAUAAAAAGCAACUAAAAGGGGUCUGUCAAUGAUGGGGGCAGGCAGUUCUAAAGAUUCAAAGCAACUAAAGCUCUGUCUUAGUUGUUGUCAACCUGUUUUUUCCUGGCAGACCAAGAAACUCUGAGGUGAAUGAUCCUAAGGUUCAAGCAGGUUAAUAUGGGCAUAGGCAGGGUACAGGAAUGUGUGGUAGCAUCUCGGCUCCAGGGGUUUCUGGAUGAGUCAGAUUAUCUAGAUCCAUUCCAGUUUGGUUUCAGGCCUAAUUAUGGGAUAGAGACGGUUUUGAUCACCUCGGUAGAUGACAUCUGCCAGCAGUUGGAUAGGGAGAGUUGUCCCAGUUGGUUCUGUGGGACCUUUCAGCAGCUUUUUAUACUCUUGACCAUGGUAUCCUUCUGGGCUCCCUUGCUUCUGUUCUGGCCUCCGCACCAGCAUGCUGAUGGCACCUAACUAUUACAACAAAUAACACCAGGUCCAGAAGGCCAUCCAAGAUGUGUACCUGAUUCACCAAGGGCAGUGCAACUCUAUCCAGAACGGGUUGCAAACCUCCAUCCAGAUGGGAACUUUCUACGCAAAACAGUACUCUCCACCCCCUUGUAUUUCAGCUUAUUUGCCUUCAUCCAACCACAGUCAGAGUUUAGUGCUGCAGCUGGAGCCAUGAUACAUCUUUGGGGUCCACCCAACAAUGCACAGAGUGGGUUUUGACAGUCUUUUCUCCCCGCUUUUCAUCCUUUUUCUUCUGGCGGCCAUCACUAGCAUAAUGGUGAAGACCUGCAUUGCACCUUGGAUUCCUAGGUUAUCUGGGGAGUUCAAGAUGGAACACAUUGCACAGCCACUAGCUCUUAGCAAGCUAGCUGAUUACAGCUUGUCCAAAACAUGGAAUUUCAACGGCAGCCGUAAGUUGCUUUAAGUAGAACACAUUUGAUGCUUGGAAGUCACUUACACGUGGAGAAAAGUACAAAAUCUGAAAAGCACCUCACUGAAGACUCCUGAAUAAGCUUAGCAGUCAUGGAAUAAGAGGAAAUGUCCUCUUGAGGAUCAGGAACUAGUUAAGUAUUAGGAAGCAGAGAGGAAUAAAUGGACAGUUAUCCAGAUGGAGGAAUGUAGAAAGUGGACUUCACCAAGGAUUUCUAUUGGGAAUAUACUUUUAAACUUGUUUAUGAAUGACCCAGAGUUAAGGGUGAGCAGUGAAGUUGCCAAGUUUUUUAUGAUAUUAAGUUGCUCAAACAAAAAAGGUUGUGAAGAGCUCUAAAAGGGCACCUCCAAACUUAGUGAAUAUGGGGUAAAAUGGCAGGUGCAAGUCUGUGCAAACAAAUGUAAGGUGGUGUAUGUGUUGGGGGGGCCGCGUAAUUUCACAUACAAGCUCAUGCGGUCUGAACUGUCAGUGACUGACUGGGAACAAGACCUUGGGAUAGGAUCAGACAAAUUACUUGAAGAUAAAGGCUAUCAUAGGCUGCUAGGGUUGCCAUACAUCUGGAAUUUCCCAGACAUACCCAGAAGACUGCAUUCGGAAGCAGUGUCCGGGCGGAAAUCAGCAAAAUGUCCGGGAAAAUUCCAUGUGUAUGGCAACCCAUGUUGGUAGUGUCGUUUUUGCCGAUUUCCCUUAAAAAUAGCUCAAAACUGUCCAUUUUUGUGCGAUUUUCACUUUUUGAAAUAUGGCGACCCUAUUGGCUACUAUCCAUGAUAGCUAUGUUCUGCCAACACUGGGAGAACCAGAUGCUGGGCUAAGUGGCCCAUUGGUCUGUUUUUAUCCAUUACAGUUUAUAAUACACCAUAAAGCUUAUGAAUUUGUUGCAUUUUAGCUUGGACAAGAUGUCCCUCAUGGUCCCUUCCAACUCUACAAUUCUAUGAUGCUAUGAGCAGUGGAAUAGUGCAGUCAAGCACACAUAGUGGUGCAUGCAUGUACUAGCCUUUUUUUAGACAAAGCGAAAUGUUUUCAGUUUAUGAAAUUCAUAUAUCAAGCACUCUUGACAUUCCCUUAACCAACAUCCUGCCCUUCAGAGUUAUAAGAUAACUUUUCUAAUUUCAGUCACCCAUUGUGGGAUUUCAGUUGAAACCACCCAACUUUUUUUAGCGCGGUUGCACGAUAGAUUUCAAGUAAACUUUCACAAGGCUAUAAAAACAUGUUGAAUAAUAUAUAUUUGACAGUUGAUGCUGCAGAUAGAAUCCCGGUUGGAAAGAGGAGAAUGCCAAAUCUGACAGCUUGUCAGUUCCCUGAUCUUCAAACCACAAGCAGUCUCUCUGGUAGUGUUGCAUCUACUGUAUCAGCAGCAGCUGCUGGCUGCAAUUUCCCUGCUCCUGGCUUUUGCUGACCCCACCCACAGUAUGAAGGGGAUGUUUGGAUGUGAAUUAAAUAAUGUAGAAGAAGAAGAUUGAAAAGAUCAGAAAAGAAAUAAGAAAGCGGGUGCCUUAAAUGGCUUUCUUUUAAUUCCAUUUAAUGAAUGUGCAGUUUUACACAACUCUCUCUCUUUUGCUUCUUAAACCUUUAUUGGUAUACACAAUGUGGACAAAUAUCCACGUGCACAUUUCCCUCGAAGUAAACGGAGAGAAUUUUUUUAUUUAAAUAUGUGUUCUAAGUUCUAAGCACUUUGCAAACAUCCUCUGAACUAACUUGCCAAGCCAUGGAACACUUCUGAGGAAUUCUGCUCUAAUCCUGAGCUCAGCUGUUGCAUGCUUUUUUUGUGUAUAAUUUUUCUUUAUUAUUUUUUUAAAAAAUAUUAAUUGCACAGGUAAUUAUGCUGCCAAAGAUAACUCUUUGGGGUGACCUUGAUUUGGGGGGAAGGUUAAGCUCAUGAUUCAGUUUUCCACACGGAAAUUUGUUGGGCUUAGAAGUGCUGAACAAUGCGCAAGACCUAACAAGACAUGAAUGAUCUAGUUGAGAUUCCUGCAUUGCAGGGCGUGGACUAGAUGACCCUCGGGAUCCCUUCCAACCCGACAGUUGUAUGAUUCUAUGAUUCUAUGAUUCUAUAUUUGUCUACUCAGAAGUAAGGCUCAUUGUGUUUAAUGGGUUUUAUUCCCAGUUAAGUGUCUAAGACUUAGGGAUAGCACUGUCCAACUAAAUAGACUUUGUAGUAUACUAAUCUAUAGUAUCCAUAAAUAAGUAACGUAUGUCAAAACUCAGUAAGGAUUUAAACUCACACAAAAGAUGAACCAAAACUCUUUUGAGCUUGCAGAAAAUAAUGAUCAGGCAUGCUGUGCUAAAAAGGCUGCCCUGUUUGCUAGGAAUGGCACCAUUCUCAAGUGAUUCCCGUGCUGGCACUUAAUUUGGAGAAGUGUAUGGAAAGGAAGGGACGCGGGUGGCGCUGUGGGUUAAACCACAGAGCCUAGGGCUUGCCGAUCAGAAGGUCGGCUGUUCGAAUCCCUGCAACAGGGUGAGCUCCCGUUGCUUGGUCCCUGCUCCUGCCAACCUAGCAGUUCGAAAGCACGAAGUGCAAGUAGAUAAAUAGGUACCACUCUGGCAGGAAGUUAAACAGCAUUUCUGUGCGCUACUCUGGUUCGCCAGAAGCAGCUUAGUCAUGCUGGCCACAUGACCCGGAAGCUGUACGCCGGCUCCCUCGGCCAGUAAAGCGAGAUAAGAGCCACAACCCCAGAGUCGUCCGCGACUGGACCUAAUGGUCAGGGGUCCCUUUACCUUUACCUAUGGAAAGGAAAUGGUUGAUUCUGGCAUUAACAAACUCCCCAAGAAGGAAAAGGGUCUGCAAUAUACUUACUGCAAGUCAUGACAUGAUGCUUUGAUUUUGAAGAACUGCUGUGCAAGGCAUUGCCAAAGGGAAGUGAGUACGUGAUGCUGAUUUUCACUUUGUGGGGGUUUUUUGUUUGCUUGCUUCUGGGUGUGGACCUAAGCAAUCGGAUGUAGCAUGCAUGGGCAAAUAUCCUAAGUGUUACAACUUCGUUUUUCAUGCCUCAACUUUCCAUACUGAAAUGUCUGUGACUUCCAGGUGCCUGGAAAACUUUUCUGUAUUAUUUAGAAAAUGCCAACAUGACCGGGCAGGGCUUUUUUUUUUAAUUUUAAGGAUGGCUAAACCCAGAGCUGUCAAUCAGGCUUAGUUUCUAACUUCUGCAUCUGUAGGCAUAGAUGUGCUGGUGCUGGGAGAACCUUUAGCAGUAACAUGAGCUGCAGAAUGGACAGAAUCUUUGACACUAAAUGAAUAAUUGUGGAAGUAGUUAACAGUGAGCUAGUGGCAUUAUCUUAAAAAAAAUUCCAUAAAAUUUUAUUAACGUUUUUUCAUAAUACAAUUAAAACACUUAUCUAAAUAAAAACAAAAACAGAAAGUGGAACAGAAAAUGCAGAUAGCUGUCAAAGAUAGCUCUUUACCCUUGUCUCACACAAAAAGAGGUGGGCGCUCUCAGAUUUCACGUGGGAGCUUUUCAAUAGAUACAUAUUUUCAGUAGGGGCACCUUCUAGCCUACCAGAACCUUGUGAUCUUCAUCAGAAGUCCUUGUCUGGGCCACACUACGGUUUGGGAUUAGGUGGCUAGUGACUGGAAGGCUAGUGACCUUCUCACUCGUGCAUUUGGAAUAUCCUCACCAGAGAAGCUCACCUUCCCCCUAGUUUAACGAAUUUCUGGUACCUGGUGAUAACUUUAAUUUUCAGGCAUUUUAGUAAUUUGGAUUGGUUGACAUAUGGCAACCUGACAGAUUAGGUGGUCGAGUUUCCCAUAUUUGGGGGAAAGACAGGGGUCCCCACAUCAGGAAUGCAGUGGAUGAGCCUACCCUAGAAAAACCUUCAUGAUCAAGGUAUCUCCCCUGCCAGAUAACCCAACUACUACUAAAGGCUGUUGCCCUAAAAUACAAGAAUUUUGCACCAGCAGCAAAAAGCCUGCUGCACUACGCUUAAAUGUUCUGCUAACAGAAUCUGUGAUGCUGCACGGGAAUUAUCAAGAACCAGAAGUUCUCAAAAGAAGAUAACCAGAAGUUAUCAAAAGUUAAGAAGAAAAUUCAAACCAUCAAUUUCAGGUAUCUGGAGUCUGCAGUGCUCAGCCACAGAUAAAUCAUGUGAGAUGUCCACUUUUCUGUUUCAGCUCUAAAUGAAGAGUUUGCUCAGAUCAAUGGCAAACUCCUAAAUCAUAUCACCACGACAAUAAUCAAAUGUCACCCAUGUGUGUGGACUGUCUCACCAAGAGAUUUGUCUGUACCAACAGUACAGCAUUUAUUGUCACCUUGAAAAAGUCAUUCUCCUAAAUCUGAGGGAAGUCAGGAAGCGUCUUGAAACUUAGAUCUGAUUUUUGCCGACAGCAAGUUCCAGCCCUGACGUAACGAUAGCUGCUGCCAAACAGCUUUUAACUUGCACAAUCUUUUAGGAUCCUUAGAGGACCCUUUGCUAGUUAAAUAGCUAUAACAGAAGAAUUGCAGGUCUGACUUCUUGUAUAUCCAGUCUUAAACACAUUCUUUCAUUCUUUCAAACAUAUUUCUGAGAAUGGUGAAGUUAUAAUACAGCUUAUUUGGAAAGCAGUGUUAACAUGUUUCAUACCCCAUCCUUUGGUAGGGAAUAUGGAAUGGGGUCAAAGCAGUGUUAUCAGCAUUAAGUAUUUGAUCAUGAGAUAACUGGUUGGAGUGUGAUUAAGAUGGAAAAGUCGGUUCUCCUUCAUGGAGCAACCAUGACAUCCCCUGUUGCUGAGCGGGUUAGUUUGGAUGGCCACAAAUUUGAUUGGACACCUUCAAUUGUUGCUGCGGAAAAUUUAUUGUUGCAAUUUUAUUUGAUUGAUGUAUAUAUGUUCCCUGUGCACAGCGUUGAACUUCCUCUUUUUGCUGCGCACAUCGGAUCACCUGCCCACCCUCCCUUUAUUUAGGGUUUGUUUGCACUGACCUUGCUAUGCCUGUCAUGGGGUCGUCUGCCAUUGGGGCAGGGGCCUGGUAGGAAUUUUACCAUUUGGCUGAUUGGCUGGGGCCAUUUGGGUUUGCCUACUGCGUAGCAAGUCGUCACAAUUUGUAAGGUUGCGGUUAGGCAUUAGUUAAUUUUUUGGAUGGUGGAGGGGAUGUGGUUGGCUGUGCCUGCCUCUCCAAUGCUGCUGCUGCAAGGGUAUUCUGUUAAAGGAAUCCAGGGGCUCGCCAUUCUUUUGUCCGAAUCCCUGACAAAGGGCUAGGGCCACGCAAGAGCCCCUGGGAGCAUUUGGGGAGAGGUGAGAGCCUGGCACCCAGCUAUAUUCUCUCCCCAAAAUUGUUUAUCCUUACUGACUUCCGCACAGGUGUGGUUGUCAGUUCUGUUCCUACCUUCAAAUGGGAACAGAUAGUUGCUAACCAAUGCCUAAGCAACCACUCACAUACUGUAAUUCAAUAAAGUUGUGGCCAAAAUUAUGCCGAAAACCAAAACAAAAAUGAUGUGUGAAACGUGUUGUUAUUCGGGGGGUGUCUUGGGGGUCCUCAAGACGCAACAAAGACUCAACAAUCCUUGGAGUCAACUUCUGUGGUGCUUUGAUCUUUCCCCCCCAGGCCGUUGCAGAUUUGUCUGGUGGUUUUUAAGGUGGUUUAUGUUGUAAUUCGCCCUGAGAUCUGCGGAUGAAGGGCGGUAUACAAAUUCAGUAAAUGAAAUAAAAAUAAAAUAAGAAUCUAACUAAACGUUAUGUAAGCUUGUGUAUUGAAACCUAUGCCCCCCCCCCCAAAUUUCAAUGUAGUUUUUAAUAAACCCACUUUUUUGGGUCAGGAAGCUUCUUAGUGACAGGUUGAGUCAGGGUAUGUACACAUCAUACUAUUCCAAUCAUAUUCUUUCUCUCAUUAAUUCUGGGCACUCUCUUUUAUCCUGUACAGAGUUAUAACCUUUAACAAACUACAGUGCCCAGAAUUCUUUAAGUGAAAAGAUAUGCUUUGAAUGUGCCUUAAAGGUACAGUGCACGCCUAGCCUCAGAGUGGAGAACUGACAGGCAGAGGUAUGCUACAUCCCUUCCCUGUCCCUUAUUUUCUUCCUCAAACUGCUCUUCCUAGGAGUCAAUGAAUCUGUCAGUUUUGGCACCUUGCGGUUUCUCAUGUUUCCAAGUUCACCCCACAUUCAAAUACGUUCAUGUAUUAAAAAAAUCAAAAGGCUUGUAUGAAAAUUGGUAUAUUUGCAUAUGCAUUUCUUCCCAUAUAUGCAUUUUUUGCAUGCAAUUUUGCCAAGUAUGUGCAACUUUGCAAGCAAUUCGCCCCUAACGCAAUGCCACUUCACCCCCUGCAACAGCCCAGUAGGCAAGCUGAAUCACAAGUAAGAUAGCUUUCAUUCAGGAAAGUGCUAAUGCAAAUUAGGGUCUACAUGCUCUAACUAAAUAAAGAGCACUAGGGUCACAUCAGCAGCCAAACUUUUGUUUCACUGACAUAUAAAGGAGUUGAAAGAUAUAAUGCUUUAUGCUGAAUCAUAUUACAGGGUCUCUUGCAUCUCUGGCAUGCAAUGCACACUCCUCUGCCAAGAUUCAUCUGUAGAGAUAGGGGCACACAUAAACAAGCAAUGCAAAUCAGAAUUGUGGGUGUUUCUUUUUUCUGGCACCUCCAGCACAAUACAGAAGCCUAUGAAACUCAAAGAAACACCUAUGCCUGCAGCAUAAUCUGUGACAGCGAGGAGUCUUGGUUCUGUUUAUAGUAACUGUGUAUUCCAUCUGACUCAAUAUAUAGUGAAAAGUUGCCUAUAGUUUGAAAUGCCAAAGCAUUGAUUUUGAGCUUUCCAAGUGAAUAUCUGGGAGAUAUGCAUGUAUGGAAAAUGUCCCAACAAAGGAAAUACACAGUAUAAGAUGAAAUCGGGAGGAAAAACUAGGAUGAAGGUGUUACUGGACUGAGGAGAUUUCUGAAGUAAGGAUAUUAAAUGAGAACAUAGAAAUUAAGGAGGGAAACGCCAUAGAAAAGUCAAUAAAUGUCUGCUUGAUUGUAAAAAGGUGACAAAAUCAAUGGCAGAAUUUGAAAUGGGAAAGAGGAUAACUUGACUGAUGUUUUGAAGUCAGUACAAAGUUCUUUAAAGAGAUUGGAAACAUCCCUUAGCAACCACAGAGAAGAUUUAUUUCAAAUUGGAAUAACCCCCUCCUGAAAUAUCUGAGACAAUUCACCAACUAAGGAGAGCACAUCACUGCCAGGGAUUGGCAGAAAGAUGUGUUUAUGUCUGCCAAAUGAUAAUAACGUUAUCUAGUAAAUUCUCAGACACAUGUCUAUUUCACUCCCAGGGUGUGGGAUAUAGAUGAUUUCACCCAUGCAAGGUUUUCAUAGCAUCCACCUGAUGUUGUUGAUAUCAAAAUGCCAGCCUGUGUUUGUUCCCCAUUUACUCCAGAUCUAACCUUUCUGCUGUUCUGCAAGGUGUUCUGCUGAACUGGGCAGGUGAACAGGUAGUCAUGUGGAAUCUAUGAAACUAUUGCGUGUCGAGGUACCCAAGCCACCCCAAUAAAAGACAAUUCACACAUAAUUUUGGUUUAAGGUUUUUGGCAUAAUUUUGGCCACAGCUUUAUUAGAAUACAAAAAAUGUGAGUGGUUUGCUUAGGUAUUGGUUGCGACUAUCUGUCCCCACCCGGGGACAGACUGACAUUCACACACCCACGAAAGUCAGAAAGGGAAAACAUUUUGGGGAGAAAGAUGGAGCUGGGAACCAUGCCCUCACCUCUCCCGAAAUGCUCCCAGGGGCUCUUGCGUGGCCCUAGCCCCUUGACAGGGGUUCGGACAAAAGCAUGGCGAGCCCCUGGAUUCUUUUAACAGAAUACCCUUGCAGCAGCAGCAUUAGAGAGGCAGGCACAGCCAAUCCAUGCCCCUCCACCAACCAAAAAUCAACCGAUGCCUAACCGCAACCUUACAAGUUGUGAUGAUUUGCUACGCAGUAGUCAAAAACCAAAUGGCACCAGCCAAUCGGCCAAAUGGACAAAAUUCCUACCAGGCCCCUGCCACCAAAGCAGACGACCCCAUGACAGGCAUAGCAAGGUCAAGCAAACAACCCUAAAUAUGGGGAGGGUGGGCGGGUGAUCCAAUGCGUGCAGCGAAAAGAGGAAGCUCAACGCUGUGUGCCGGGAAUAUAAAACUUCUUGGCUGUUAAUCAAAAAAUGGCAACAACAAAUUCUCCCCAAUGACAUGAGGAGUCCAAUCACAAUGGUGGCCAACUACCUUUACCCGUCCAGGAACAGUGGGAUGUCUUGUAAGACCCCACCGCAACACGUGCUCUCCAUGAAGGAGAACACACUUUAACAGUGUUCGAAUGUAGCUUAUAACUGAUCUCCCUAGCAUUGCUAAGAAGCCAGCUGGGAGGUACCUGUGAAACCUUAGGCAGCACCCCUUUUUUGAAUUCAACAAAGCAAAUCAGAAAAUAAAACUAUGUAGGUAAAAAAAUAAGCCUGUCUUGUACUAGUCGUCCCUUGCAUUACUUCACUAUACUAACAAUGUUAUGCUACUCCUUCUUCCGCUAGGUUAUGAUAUACUAAUACUGAUUCACACACUAAAGAAUGAGCAAAGCCCUUACACUGGCAAUGCAUGAUCUCUGACAUAAGAAAACAGCUGCAUCAUCAGUUAUUACUACCUAAUGUGUAAUACAUGAAUCAUAACAGAGCUCCUUCACCAGAUUUGUUAAGGCAGGUUUCAAAAUACCAUCCUUCAGACAAGGUUCAAAUGUGCUGUUGAAAGUCUAAAAUGGCAAUAAGAUAUUACCCUCUUGCUUAACCCCUUCUAUAUAUAAAUAGAUAAAAGUUUUUAUUCAUUGAAAUAGGACUUUGUUUCAGCUAUCUUUGUCAGACAACUGCCUUUUUAGUUACUAUACUCCCUCCUUAAUGGGUUGCGUAACAAUACACCCACUCUUGGAAAAUGAUGAAACUUGAAGCUCCCAGAUGUCUGCAUGCUGGAAAUAUAUACCUACAAGAUGUCUCCAAAAUUUCUGUUGCUUCACAAUUUCCCUUCCAGAGAAGAUUAAAGGACAACUGCCACAGACCAAACAAGCAAGCAUCCACAAUAAAUGGAAACACUCCAUAGCUGACUGCAGUGUUGGCUAUGUUACAAAACCGUGUUGCCACCCUCUUCUGACAUAUGUAAAAGUGAAUGUUAAUGCUGAACAUCUAUUUCUAUUUGAAUCAUAAACAAACUGUUUGUAAGCUGCAGCUGGUCUGGAACAUUGAUGCUUGUUUGAAUUAAGGUGUAUUUCUAUAUAACUGUUUUCUCUGGAUCCGGCAUUCAUUUGUUAACCUAAUUAUUAUGGAUCAUCCGGAUGACAUCAUUGCCACCCUGUUGCAUUGCAGUAUUUAUUGUGGUACUCUUGUCUUUAGUCAGACCUGGUUCCUGCUUAUUGCAGUUCCAGGAAAGGCUGGCAAAGUGUUAUUAAGGUGCCUGGCGAAGGAACAAGCACAGGAGAUGAUGUUCCUGGUGAUGCCCCACCUUUUCCUGGUUGUAUUGCUAAUAGGCUAUGUGGAGAAAUACAUUUACCAGGACAGGGUUUGUUUUAUAUACAACAUAAAAGAGUUGCUGUGUAUGGGGAGUUAUUUGAAGGGUUAAGCUUGUAAUAUUAAGUAGGUGGUUGGCAGCUGGCAGUUAGUUGUGUAAGACCAGACUGCGAAGAGAUGGGUUCUUCUUAUACAGAAGUAGUGGGCUGUAAAAAAAUUCUUCUGAUUGGCUUGCUAGGCGAAAUUUUUGGGAACUUACUGGAUUGGAAAAGUGGUCUGAUGAGAGGGAGAAUGCUAUGCCAUUCAAAUUUGAUUGUUAGAAGGGCAGGUUGGCAAAUAAAAAGGCCAGUUCUACCGCUGUUCAGGGAAAAUGAGACUAGGAAAUGCAGUGGAAUAGAAGAAGGAGCUGGGUGAAAAGGCUAAAUAUGAAGAAUACAGGAGUAAAGGCUGGGAGAAAAGGCAGAAUAUGAUGGAAGGCAGGAGGCUACUGAAGCUGGGAAAUACCUGGCAGUAUAGUCUGAGAGAGCUGAAUUUCUGGCUUAAGCUGAAGAUUGUCAGAGAGGUCAUCGAAGGACUGUGAGCAUUGAGGAAGAGUUCAGCCAGGAGCUUCUGGAGCUGACCAGAGAGAGAAAAGCCAGAUUCUUCUGUACCUGGUGGUGUUGAGUGGUACCUCGGGUUAAGUACUUAAUUCGUUCUGGAGGUCCGUACUUAACCUGAAACUGUUCUUACCCUGAAGCACCACCUUAGCUAAUGGGGCCUCCUGCUGCUGCCGCACCGCCGGAGCACGAUUUCUGUUCUCAUCCUGAAGCAAAGUUCUUAACCUGAAGCACUAUUUCUGGGUUAGUGGAGCCUGUAACCUGAAGCGUAUGUAACCUGAAGCGUAUGUAACCCGAGGUACCACUGUAUAUGGCAUAUACAUAUAGGAGAAGGAACUAAGAUUUUAUCAUCCGUUUUAUAUAAGCUUCUCCAUUUCCAGACAACUAUAGGUCUAUAGAUGAAGGUAAACAGCAUAGUACAGGUAUAUGGUGGCAGUGGUUAAAAAGUGUGAAAAGUAAGUGCCAUGGUAGGAGUAAAGUAGAAACUCUUGUACACACUUGGUGAAUCCGCAGUGUUAAAUAGAAGCUGGUUCUCUAAUAUGAAGUGGACACUGUCCAUGUUUUUUUAACAACACUUACGGUAAUUGUUGUUUGAGAAUGAGUGAGGUAUACACUACUGGGAAUAAGCAGAGUAUGACUUUAAAAAAAAGUAUUUUCCAUUCCUGUGGGUUUGCAACAACACAACUGCAGUUUACCCUGCAGGUUUGGGUUUGGUGCAGCCACUCCUUGACUUUGUCUUGACAAGGGGUGGUAGUGGAUUGGUCAGGUAUAGGCAAGUGCAGCUAAAAUGAUGCCUGGCUAGUUCAGGGGUGAAGGUGCAAAUUUGAAGGUUCUGUGACAAUCCUAGAUCUAACAAGAAAGAGAAUGAGGAGAGACCUAACUGUAAAACUAACCAAGUGUAGGAAGAAGAGUAACUGAAGCAGUCUGAGUAACCAAAAGUCUAAACUGAGAAGGAAACAAAAUUAACAGGAAACAAACCUAACCACAAACUUUGCUGUGGAUGUUAUUUGGAAUGAAUCAUUUGUUCUCAUCAUCUUCAAAGUAACAUUUUCCCUUCGAUUCUUCCAAUUAACUGUGUUCUAUCAAAAGCUCAUAAACAAUGCCAUAUAAAAAUUCUGUUGAGUCCCAAGAAAUAUGGUUUGAGUCUUUUCAAGCAUAGGGUACCUUUACAAUUAAUGUGAAAAGGGCUGAAUGGGAGUGAGCUUGAAGUCCGUUAUGGCUGUGCCAUAGUUUGGUCUUUUUGACUGAACCAAGCUUUCACAUACACCUAACUGUUCUCUCACUAUUUUCAGAUUCUCCUCAGCAAUUUUUUCUCUUUACAUGCCCUCCAGGGAGGUUUGAUGGUCCUAUGCAAGCAUUGCUAUGAAAGUGAGCAGCUUAUCAGAACACAUGGAGGCACCAUGAAUUCUUCCACGAAUUUGUUUAAUCCAGUUUUAUUUUUAAACCACAUUCUCCUCCCGUCAGUAGUUUCUGGGGCUUGACUUCUUUCCUUUUUCAGGCAUAGUCUAGUCUGUUUCAUCCUUUUUGUCAAGGUUGCUAGCGGACAUCAUGUGCGUUUGUAUUAACUGGCUGGUAUUCAAGAUGUUUAAAAGUCAUCUAAAGCUAAAACCUCCGCUUUGCUGCCGUUUCUGAUACAAAAGCUUUUAGUGAAGUCAACAGAUGGUUUAGCGUUCAGUGAGUGCUUUUUCUUUCCUCCUUGUACUUGGCUACUGUCUGUUUUUUCUUCUCUAAUGAACUUUCCACUUAAGACUGUUCAGAAACAAAACAGUCAGUAUUGGAUAGCUCUGUGGAACUCUGAUGGAAGCAUUUAACAAAGCAUUUUACUUCUGAAUAUGAAUGAGUGUUGCCUUUUAUUUCAGUUAAAAGUUAUUUAUAGUUUAUCACGGUGCUUUUUAAAUUGAUUGUGCAAAGAUGCUUGACCAAUAGCAUGAACAGUAAUUGCAUCAUGGACAUGCAAAAAAGGCUGCUCACUUCACAUUGUCUGCUUUUGGCAGAAGACUGUGCUAUGGCUUAAUAUGAUUAUUCAUGGACUUCCUUCUGGCUACAUAGCCCAAAUGAGUAUGCUUUGUUUUGCUUUUGUUUUGUUUUAAUCUAAAACAAUUAUUCACAUAUAAAUUUCAGUAUUCCCCCAGCUUGCAUUUCCCUUAAGUGGCUUCAGCUGAAUUCUUAGAAGAGUGCCAGAAGAAGUUAAAAUCUGUGACCCCCCCCCUUGCAUAGUAACUGGGAUUACACCAAAGGUUCUCUGUGCUGUGAGCUGUUUUCCAGUAAGGUCAUUGGUGCCUGGUUAUGCUUUUAAUGAUCUCUACUUCUCCAGAGGCCAUGCCUGAUCAUUGUCUAAAUUGACAAACGGUGACUUCACUGCCUGAGCUCUUCAGUUUUCCUUUGCAACAUCUGCCGCAACUGCACAGCUGUGCCAUAUUCUGAUGCGGCCCAAAGACUCUUGUUCUAUUUUGAGGUGAAGCUAUUGUAAAUCGCAUAAUGUUUAGCAUAGCAAGGAAGGGAGUUUGGCCAGCGUUUUGACACCGUAUGGACGAUGGCGGUGUGUUUACCCCAACAACGGUUGUCAUACAGAUUAAGCAUAUUUGAAACUCCUGUUAGCAGCGUUAAAAAAAAAAGAGAAGGGAAGAAAAGGAGAAAGCGGUUGUUGCUGAGGAAAUGAAAGCAAUGUCUUGUUCCUACUUGUACCUACACAAUGUGCCUCCAUUUGCUUGGCUCAGUGUUCCUUACUUCAUCUCCAUAAAGCUGAUUUAAUGUAGUUAUUUAAUGUGCCAGAUUAGAUUCUGUGGCAGUCUAAUCCAGGGGCAGCCAGCAUGGUUUUGAACCACAACGCCCUUCACCCCAGGCUAUUGGCCAUGCUGGCUGAGUUGUAGUGUACAGUAUCUGGAGAGAACCACUUUGCUUGUUCUCUGCUCUACUCAUUAUGAAAGCACAUACAUAUACAAGGUAAACCAUUGUGGUUUGGUGGUCAGAGUAUUGAAUUAGGAAUGGGGAGAUCUGGGUUCAAAUCCUUACUCAGCCUUGAAGCUCAGUGGGUGAAUUUGAGCUCAUCACCGUCUCCUAACCUCUGAAAAUAAAAUGGGGCGUGGUGGAGGGAGAAGAACAAUGUAUGCCACUCUAAACUUAGAGGAAAUAUAGGAUGACAAAGUAGAAAGGAUAAAAUCUAAGGCCUUCAUAGGAUGGCUGAUCUUUCAGAAUUAAAUAUGACUCACUUUUUCUGCACUACAAAGUGCUAACCAUGAUAUAAAUACGUAUUUUUCGCUCUAUAACACGCACCUGACCAUAACACGCACGUAGUUUUUAGAGGAGGAAAAUCCGUAGGCAUGCCACCCAUAGGCAUUUCCUCCAUAACAUGCACAGACAUUUCCCCUUACUUUCUAGGAGGAAAAAAGUGAGUGUUAUGGUGCAAAAAAUACGGUAACUUGCUUAGAAACUGCUUGGGAGACUCUGGAUUUCAUCAGAAACUUACCUGGUUCCUCAUUGAAAAGGUCAGUCAGGGUUCACAAGUUGCACUGGAAUAGAUUGCUGGCCCAUUUCUGCUGAGCAUAGCUGCUAGGAGGUAUGGUUCUCACCCUCCUAGAAUAUUGUCCCUAGCAUUCCGGAAUGCACAUGGGGUUCCAUUGCCGACAAACUGAUAUCAAAAGGGUUCCCUAAAAGUAAGAACAAAAACAACAAAACUUUAGAAUGGUGUUGGAGACAUGUCCAAAAAUCCACAAAUGUUUUUUAUUGGUGACACCUCAGUGGCAAGUAAUGGCAGGCAGACAAGUUUUUCUGAAAGGCAAGUUGGCCAUCUUAUUGUUAUCCAGUGUACAACUGCUGGGAAUUUGGUACAUUCUCAGGCACAGGCUCAAGCCUCACCAGCAACCGGAAAACAAAUUAAACAUGCCCCAGAAUACUUUGCAGUGCACAGAAUGUUUUGUGGUAGAUACAGCUAAGUAGCACUUUUUAGAAGUAUGAAGCUUUGAGGAACCAACAUAGCAUGAUCAGCAGUUUUGAUGCCAUUUUUGUAAGGUUUUUUCCAUUGCUCAUUCCAUGUUCCUAGUGCUCAGCAACUAUGUCUCCAUAUGUUGUGGCAAGAGCUUCCUUUCCCAAGAAAAUGGCUUGGGUUGUUGACACGAUCGCCCCUGAGCACCCUCUCCUGCUUUGUGGAGCCUGCUUGGCUCCCUGGUAUUUAUUCUCCAGAGCUUUGGACGAGGACACAAGCUCUCUGUGACUUGUUUGCAAAGCAUUUUGAAGAUAAAAUCACUUGUAUCAAUCAGGAUCUUGACUGCUGUUACAGCAGAUGAAUCUCCACCCCCUGUCUCUCCCAUUUCCUUAUUUGUCAUUCUCAUCAUUUCCUCUAUGGGUGCCCUCUGUCUUUGAGCUCUUUGCUCUCCUACUUUCAAGGCUUGUUGGGUUCUGGGAGAUGGAGGGGCUGGGAUGCUUUCUAAUGACACUGUGUUAGUCAGCUGCCACUCCACUUCUGCCUCCUCCUGUCCCAUUAUUUCCCAAAUUUUCCCCUCACCUGCCUCUGAGCCGUGACCCCCCUCAAACCACUGUUGUGAAUCUAUACUGUCUUCCUCUUCCCUGGAAGGGUUACGUUGGGGAGGCGGUCUCCACCAUUCCUGCUGCCCAGUCCCUGACAGUGGGUGGCAUCACUUUGCGGUGGUUCUGGUCCUACUUGGAUGGUUGUUUCCAGAGCGUGAUUGGGGAGUGCUCUUUGGCCCCGUGGACUCUUCAGUGUGGGGUUCAUCAGUGUUUGAUUUUUAUGGAAAUAAUGCUGAUUUUCUAUGACCUUUUAGAUAAUUUUUGUGGGAGAGGAGUUAUUGGUUCAUUUUUGUUUUGUGUAUUUUGUGUUCUCAUUUUGUAUUUUUCUGUUGUGACCUGCCCUGUGAUCUUUGGAUGAAGGGCAGUGUACAAAUUUAAUAAAUCAUCAUUGCCAUCAAGGUGGCAUACAUCAGCUUUUGCUAACUUGGCGCCCUGUAGAUGUUUUAGAAUACAACUCCAUAAACCCCAGCCUGCAAGGGUUACUGGAUGUUACUGGUGAGAGUUGGUACCACGUUGGCCUGAGUCACAAGUGUGUGACCCAGUGUCAUACAGUGAGUUUCAUGGCCUAGUGGUGAUUUGUCUCUGAGCAUAUAUUGCCACUCUAACCGCUACACUGUGCUGGCAUGUACAUCACUCUGUGGUUUGAUUCAUGACACCAUUCUCUUUGAAACUGCUAGUGGACAAAGAAUUGGACGUUGCUUACAGGAAGUAGAGCUUACUGGUGCCCUUCAGCAAAUCAUUCUCUCUUAGCCUAAGUCUGCUGUUGAAGUCUUCACUGAUAUCUUCUUCUUUGGCGAUCACUCAUACCAGAGUAAGAUUGUCUUCCAUAAACUCGGUCUUAACAGUGACUCCAUAAAUGACUGUGGAGGCCAAUUCUGGAUCCACACGUCCUUCCACAGUGGGGACAUAGGUUUCUGGGUGGGAGUUGAUCACGGUGAGGGUUUGCCAAAUGUGCCUUCCUCUUAGCAUGUUUCUUCCUUUCAUCCUGAGUUUGCACAUCUUCAAAGUCCAUGACACCUUUGGUAAAGGCUGUUCUCCAAUUGGAGCGCUUGCAGGCCCAGUGUUUCCCAGUUAUCAGUGUUUAUACUUCAUUUUUAAAGAUUUGUUUUGAGAGAUACUUUAAACCUCUUUUGUUGGCCACCAGCAUUACGCUUUCCAUUUUUAAGUUCGGAAUAGAGUAGUUGCUUUGGAAGACGAUAAUCAGGCAUCUGAACAACAUGACCAGUCCAACGAAGUUGAUGUUGAAGAAUCAUUGCUUCAGCACUGGUGAUCUUUGCUUCUUCCAGUACACUGGCAUUAGUUCGUCUGCCUUCCCAAGCGAUGUGUAAAUUUUUUUGGAGACACUUCAACAUAUACUUCAGCAUUGGUCUAGGCAUGGGGCAAAAUGUGGAUAUUAAUGCUUUAAUAUUUAAAUGCCAUGGUUUAUACCACUUGUGCUUAUUGUCCACGGAUAAUAAAUCAUCCCCCAUGUAGAUCGAAUAAUCAUGCUUAACUUAAACAAACCACAAUGGGCGACAAACAAAGCAGAUAUACUCAAGAAAUGCAAGUCGCUUGAGGUGACUUUCUCAACAAGCUAAGAAGCUAAAUGGGAAGACUGCACCCCACGCAACACCCUGUGGAAUUUUACUCAGACGUAUCUCCAUGUCACCAAUCAUCCUGUCUGUGGUACUACUUUAUUACUCAUAGUUGUCUGUAGCCAUUAUCCAGUGGAACAUCUAAUCCUAAAUACGUUUGCCAAUUCAUAUGUCUGUGACAUUUGUGGAAUCUCUCUACGGUAUCUUAUUAUCUUAAGUUUUAAAUACCACACUUGUUGCUAGCCAACCUUUUUUUGGUAAAGAGAUGCUGUCACCCUCUUGAAACAAACAAUACGUUUGAAAACAAAAUAUAUCUUCCAAAAGUAAAAUAUAAAGUAAUACAAUGGUCUCAAGCUGGUUCAUGGAUAAUGUCUUUGGGGACAGGCUCACCUUUAGGAACUUGAUUCUCUGUUCAGCUUCAAUAGAGCAACUGAAAUAUUGGGAAAUAGUUAUUCUUUAGUCACCAUGGGACGUUUGUUUUAAUUGCUAAUCAUUGCCAGAAGUAGUUGUGAAGCUCAGCUUGCAUUGUAAAGAGCAGUCCUGCUUUGUGUUUAGAGUGUUUUAUUGAGAACCAGGAGGAAAAGUAAAAGACCUGGAAUGGUAUUGCUCAGUAUUGUGUAUAAUGCUGAAUUUCUAUUUUGAUGUCUUUCAACAGUGGGGUGUAAAUAAAUCAAAAAGAUGUGACCUUCCUUUUGCCAAUGCAUUGUAAAAAAAAGCGGGGGGGAUGGUCCCAGUUGUUCAUAUAUUAAGAAUGCCAGAAAGAAAUUUUUUACUAGGUUGUGUAGGCCUGGCUACUGUAGUCACUGGAACUAAAGUAUGCAGUUCCACCCACUUUAAAGCACAAUAAUUUUAUUUCAGUGAAAUUUGGGAUUGGUAAACUUCCUUUGUGUUGCACCCAAUGACUUUUCUCCUGAUAGUGAUUAUAUUAAACCAUCUGGCAUAUUUGAGUCAGGAAACGGAAACCAGAUUAGAGAAAAAUGUAAACAUUAAUCAAAGUUGGAUCUGAGAUGAAUUUCAUACUACUCAAUGCAUAUUUUCCUUGUAUUUAUGUGCUGUGAAAUCAGACAUAAUUAAUCAAGAAGCCAUUGGGUUUUUCAAAGCUUCACACUGCAGCUUGGUUUUAUCUGUAGCCCAAAUACAUGGUAAUGAAGAAGACACAAUUAUUGUAAUGAAUCUGAUUUAACACAUACAUACUGCACAUACAAAUAUGAGCAACCAAACUAAGGUUUCUUGAACAAGGUGUGUUUGAAAAGAAGUUGUGUGGGUGUGAUAAAUACUUUCAAGGAGCCUGAGGUUUGGGACAGGGAGGUUAAUGAGAGGCCAGAAUGACUAUAAAUGUUCCAAGUUGCCAGGCACAUCUGUUGUUAAAGACGUUACUGGUAAAUGGCCUAAAAUGGCUAGGAAAUAGAUACCUCUCUGAAAUGUGAGAGCCAGUUUUAGCAGAAAGCAAGUCUUUCUCCCCCACUCUCCCUGAAACAGAAACACAAAUUGCAGUUUUGAGUGGGGCAGAGAGAUAGGACCAGCCUUGAACUCUGGAAAGCACCCUUUUGGGGACUGCCUCAUUCUGCAGAACCGACAAAGGGCAAUAAAUUUUGCUGUUUGUGGUAGAUAAGCUGCGCCUCCACCAAAGCUCAACCUCUGAAAGGAAAUAAAAACCAGCCAAAUUUAGUACAAUUCAGAGAGGCGAAGCACAUGUAACAAUACAAUUAGACAGUUUGUGGGAGAUGCGUCUAGUGGGCAUGCUAUAAUUUGGCAUAGGAACUGCAAUGGGAACUUAGCCAAACUGUCUGAUAAGGAAACAACCUGUGGAACUCCAUUUUAACCUGGUUCCAUUUCCAGAUAUAUAAAGAUUCAGAAAGCAGCAUAACAAAAUGCAAAUGGUUAAGAACAGAGGUGGAUGUUAUUGGUCUCCAACCAUAUCUUCUUUGAUUAUUUGCCAUAUUGGCUGAGGUUCAUGGGAGUCUCAACAGCACCUGGGAGGGCUACAUGUUCCCCACCUCAGAAUUCAACAGACUGAAAAGAUAAUUUAGCUCAUGCUUGGCUGUACAGAAGCUUUACAAGAUACUAAUCCAUAAAAUGCCUAUUAGUGCUCAUAUUCAGGGACAAAUAACACAGCACAACAGUUUAAAUCUGAAUUCAUGUCAAACAUAUAGAAGAACUAUGCUUUGCGCCAUCAAAACCCUAAUAUUAUUGGAGCUUACAGCCUCCACUUCUCACUUCCUGCCCAUGUCUCAUCAAACAUUCUGCUCUGAACCGCAGAAACCAGAAACAAAAAUCCCAAAGUUAGAUGAGCACUUCCUGGUCUCCAUGGCAACCAUCUGCAGUUUUGCAUGCUUAAAUACUAGUUCUCUUUGCCUUUUUUUCCGUGAAGCAAAGCAAUAUUUCUGCAAAUACUUUGCUGCUGCAGUCACUUUGAUGUGCCUACACAUCUCUUAAUUACAUGGUGCACUAAGUUUUAAAAUAUAAAAUGGUAGCCUGUCUGAGUGUGAAACCUGCUGGUUCUGUACUUAAAAAGAAAAUAAAACACAGAAGGAAAAAUAACCCUCAUUAUUAUUAACAUUCAACAUUCGUCAUAGAGAAGCAAUGUUUGCAUAUACUUAUUUCAAGUAACGGAUGUAAAGCCAGGCUGUUGUGAAUGAUUAGCUGUGUGUGGUUAUGUUAGCAGGGAUGAAAAAGACUCUUUGGCUCUUACAUUUGAGCCCUUGGUUUCUGAAAGUCACAUGGCAAUUUCCUAAACAAAUAUCACUUCUUUGUGGGAAAGUUGGGUGUACUGUAUCUGUUCCCCCACGUCUGCAUGCACUGAAUAGCCACACAGUUGUGGCUUCGGGCCAUUGUCCCUUACCCAUGAUGAAAAGGAGGCCUUAAACAUGUUGCUUUAUGCAAACUAGAUGCCAUUUUCCCACAUGGAAGGUGAUAUCCAUUUAGAGUAUCAUCAUAUGGGAAGUGUCUUUAAACAAGGCACAGAAAUCUCUCUGAAAGAGAGAGUCUCAGGUGUUGGACAACAGGAACCGGAUAAGCGUGCUGCUUAAAUGCCUUGUUGAUCGUGCACUUGUAGUCAGCGCAGAUUCUCACCAACCCGUCUGGCUUGACAGGCGUGACGAUGGGGGUUUCCCACUUGGCGUGGUCAACCGGCUCCAAAACUCCUUGGGCGACCAGCUUGUCCAGUUGUUCGUCCACCUUAGCCUUGAGAGCAAAGGGAGCCCGGCGUGGCUUUAGCUUGAUGGAUCAAGGCUAAAGGAGAUGGGCGUACCUGUAUAUUGCCCCAAAGUGCCGUCAAAAACCUUGGCAAAGUCUUUGACCAGACUCUCAGUCUCUGCGUUAGAGAUGCAGUUGAUGCCGGUGACUUCCAGGCCGAGGGCAUCAAACCAGUCUAGCCCUAGGAGGCUUGGCCGCUGACCUUCGACCACCACCAGCUGGAGCAGGCCCGAAAAAUCCUUGAAGGCGAUCCGGAACCAGCCAACGCCUACCACGGGAAUGUCGUUUCCCUGGUAGUCUCUCAGGUGUACGCGGUGAGAGUCGAGUUGCCUUUUGGACACUCUGGGUACCAGUCUUUUGAUGGUGCUGCAAGACACGAUGGACAGGGCAGACCCGGUGUUGAUCUCCAUGUCACAUGGAGCUCCUUCAAUGAGCACCGUGAAGUUCAGCUUGCGUCGCGUAGGCGAGUCAGUUUGGCCAAUCGUGGUUCCAGACGGGCAGCGGCAGUUGGUGAGAGCGAAACAGCUUUCCUUGGCAGACUGGAGUGAAGACUUGGACUUGCGAGUCGGUGAAGGGGGGGUGUCAGAUGGAGCCGAUCGGCAGACCUUAGCGAUGUGGCCCCUUCUGGAACACGUCCGACAGAUGGCGUCUCUGAAUCGACACUUGGCACGGGAAUGGUUGCCUCCACAGCCGGCACAUUCUGGUUGGCCCUUGGACUUCUGUUGGAACUUCCUGCGCUCCCGCUUUGUCUGGUGCACGUCAUUGUCUUCACUGGAGGAUGCCUCAUCACUGCUGACCUCUUCGUGAUGCACUGGAUCUGGCUUCCUAGCAAGACGCGGGCUGCUGGCCUUGCGGAUCUCCUGGGCGUUCAGCAGCUUCUGAGGCCACAGCCUCUUCAAUGGCUUUCUGUAGCGUGAGGUCUGGCUUGGCGAGGAGAUGCCAUUGCAGAUGGAUGUCCCGGACCCUGCAGACGAUUCGAUCCAUCAGGGCAUCGUCUAAGUCUCGGAACUCGCAGUGCAUUGCAGCCUGUCUGAGGGCAGUGGUGUAGUUGCUGAUUGACUCCCCCUCUGCCUGGUUCCGGUGGUAAAACGCAUGGCGGGCAGCAAUCUUGGACGGCUUUGGCGCGUAGUGGUUGCGGAGCUUCUCUUGGAUCGUGUCCCAUGGUGUUGCCUGGACUGCUUCAGACGCAACCAAUGCUCGGGCUGUCUCAAACACCUCAGGCCCACAGAGGCUGAGGAAUAGGCCCCACUUCCGUUCAUUUGAUACUGAUGUCAGCUCGUUGGCUUGGAGGUAGCAGUCGAACCGAGCGAGGUAGGAGUCCCACGAUUCAGAGGCUGGCGCAAACGGCGGUAGAGGCACAAGUGAAGCCAUGAUUCCGAUGCCGGCGUGAAGGGCGAUGGAUGGAACACAGUGCUCUAGCCAGAACAGUCAGCUCUGAAUUGGUUCUGUCCAGUGAUUUCGCUCAGUGAUUUCGCUCUGUGAUUCAGCUCAGUGAUUCAGCUCAGUUCAGAGGAUGGCCACAUCUGGCUGUGCUCUGAUGUCCAUCGAUCCCAUCCUCAUCGCCAGUGUUAAGUUGUGGGUUGACAUAGCAGACGACACAGCGAUUUCUCCAAGCAGCUCUUUAUUUUGUAAGCUGGAACAGAACUAAACUGAGGAGCUCAGUCGGCCUGCUUAUAUAGAGCUCCAGAACAAUGUAACUGUUGCCAUUUUCUAAAACUAUCCAAUCACUGAACGUCACUUUUCGAUCCUUCAUUUGCAUAACUAUCUACAGUAUCCCCCUGCUGGCCCAGGGUGAGAACUUCAGUACAUAACAGUCGCUUGGAAAGGAUUCAAAUGUGUAUACUUCAGCCUAAACUGCAGCUUUUCCUGAAGAAAAAUAGUGGCCAAGUGACAAAGAACGGAAAAUCAUCAGAGGUGUUGACAGAAGUCUAAAAUAUUGUAUAAGAUGAGAAGAUAUGUUGUAUGACUGUUGGAACUGAUAUGUUAAAAAAAUCAAUAAAAAUGUAUAUAAAAAAAGAAAAAUAGAAAAAUAGUGGCCAUUGGGAAGCUUAUUGUAGUAGCAUUUAUAGGGUUGCUUAACAAUCUCCCCAGCAGCCAUUUUUCCUAUUCAGCUUGCAAUUUCAAGCCAUUGGUCAGGUGGAAACAAAGAUCCAAUUGUUUCCUGGUUCUGCCAGGAGUGGGGCUUUUCAAAUCUGUGUAGGGAAGGAACUAAUGGAAGGCAGGUUUCUUCUCUAGGUGAGGGCAGAAUCACUGAUAAUUCUCCAUCUUGCUUCUGUCAUAUCCUGCCACAGUAGUUGCCAGCAAGCAUCAGAAACACAGAGGGAGAAGAACAAGGAAUGUGGCUCAUGGAGGACAGAGAGAUAAUUGUUUCUGAGAAAAACUAGAGUUGUGGCCUGACUUCAACCAUCUGGUGGACAUAGAGUUUUGUUGCUACUGUCCUCAGAGCUAAAAGCUUUUGCUCUGUGUUAGGACUGAAAUGUGAAUCCGUUGCAAAUUUCACUUCCAGUUCAGAUAGACCAGGGGUGUCAAACUCAAAUUCAUCGGGGGCCGCACCAGCAGUUUGGUCACCCUCAAAGGGCCGGUUGUAUCUGUAGGACUAUGUGUCCACUCUUUAUUAUCAUAAAUUAUUGUCACUGCAUUCAAUUAUUACUGUUUUUUGUAAUAAUGUAAGUAAUAACUAGCUCUGAAAGCAGAAACAUAGAAUAAUGGCAAGUAGAUAUUCAAAUGUACAGUGCGCUCAAUAUAAAAACAAGUGCAUGCGCUCAAUAAAAACAAUGCACUCAAUAGAAAAACAAGUGGAGGUUUCCUGAAUGCAUGUAAAGUGGAGGUUUCCUGUGUAGAACGGCCGGCGCCGCUAGAGGGCAGACGUUCUCUGGCUUGUAGGCUGCCGCGCAUGCGCUGAAGAGGCGGCUUUCUUGUGUUAAAAAAAGAAGAAGCAAGAAUAAAAGGUGAAAGGUGAAGGCUGGCAGCCGGCAGCGGCUACACGGGCCACAUGACAGGCCUGGCGGCCAGAUUCGGCCCGCGGGCCUUGUGUUUGACACCCAUGAGAUAGACCCUCAGUAGGAAGUGCAGCAAAAUCCCUGCUUCAUUCUUUGUAAGGGAUUGUUGCCACCACUUUGCCCAGUUCCCCUUCUUUAUCAGCCGUGGGGCCUACAGCUGACUAGCAAUGAUCUUACAGGGCGUUCUGCUGAAGAGGUUACAGGAUACAAGGCAGAUAGAAGAAAAAGAAGACAGGCAAGGGCUUGGCUACGAAGGCUUGUGCUUGUGGAUUAACGAUCUCCAUGAUCUUUAAAAUGUGAAACAUGCUCAGGGGCAUUUCAUGGUUUCAUGCUGAAUCACCAAAGUCUUAUGGGCUGGCCGAGAUUAAUGAUUAGGACAAUUACAGCUUGUUGUGCGAGUUUUGCCUCUCUUAAGAGCCAUUAUUAAACAAUAUUGGCUUCCAGCUAUGGAACAUCACAUGGUGUCAGGAAAACAACAUUGCCAUGCCAGUGCCUGCCAGCUAUGAAGGACAAAGGAAGAAGAAAAUAGCUGAGGCCCAAUUUCUGAUUGCAUUGCAAAUGGGAUGGAAUACUUAGGCAACACGAGUCCAUCAUGCUUAAUGGAUCAGCAACGGACACCAUUUAAGAGCACUUCUCUCAGAUCACAUUUGAGAGGACUUCCCUUAGGAUUUCCACUAGUCCCUACUCUUAUCCCCUUAACAUUAGCUUUCUCUGCAGACAUUAGCAGGUGAUAUUUCCAUGCUGUGAAAAGCAUUACCCGCUCCCUACCUCUACUAUAGUCUGUCUUUCUUAUUAGGGAAGGAGAAUAUUUAGGAUGGUGCUAAGGGCCUUAGAAGGACACCAUUUACCUCCUGUAUGUUUGGUUACACUAUAUUUUCUGACACAAUGGUUUAUUUGAUAUAAAGCCAAAUUAUUGGAGAAGGGCUCUAGUAUUAAUACUGAGAAUGUAGUCAGGAAUUAAGCCACGAUUUAAAAAAAAAAACAUUCCAGAGAGAGAGAGAGAGAGAGAGAGAGAGAGAAUCUGAGUUCCUCUCCCUCAUACUAUGACUGGUUUAUGCCACUUGCAACCUGUGCAGCAACACUUUGCAGAAUUCCAGCUAAAGGAAUGCUUGACAAAAGUUGUGGACAACUGCAAAUUUGGCACAUGAACUAGUCUUUGCUAAUUGUGACUUUACUAAUUGGUGAAGCCCAAGUAGAGAUUUAUGCAUUUAUUUGUUCCUUGGUACACUUGACAAGGCUAGUGUUGCCUUGGAAAGGGGGAAAAAUAAACUUAAAGAAUGUUGGGUAAGAAUGCCCCACUUGCUCCCAUGUUGGAAUCCAAGCACAGUUGACAUUCUGCUUGUGGAAGAUGUAUCCUUUGCACUUGCAAGUGCUAGUUCUCCUCAUUAAAUAGUGAGCGUUCCAUGCUUACAAAAUCCUCAUAACCCACCUUUGCAUUUCAAACUAAUACUUAUUUCAAACUUGAAUGUAGAUACGAACCUUGAACAUUUCCUCUCCUCUUGACAUGUUCUGUUCAGCUAGUUUUUCUGAGGAAAAAAAAAAAGCAUUUUGAACCAAUGCCAGUCCUUAGAGAAGGUUUAUGCUAAUGUAAAUAGAUAUGUUUCAGAUUAGAUAGAAGGUAUUAUCAAGAGGAAACUAACUCAAACAUGCUCCUGUCAUGGAAAACUUCAUUUGUAACAUGAAAGAACUACUUAUCAUUUCCAAGGCCCUUUUGUACAGUGCUGCCCACCAAAUUCUGAGAUACGUCUUGAGUGUAAGGUCAAAAACGUAAAAUCUCCUCUGCUCCUUCCAGAAUUGUAUGGUUUGCUUAAAGUGCUUUUGGUUAAAUAAAUGGUUCAGUAAUGCCAAUAAAAUUUUUACUAGGAUUUUGAAACAGCCAAACAUCUGAUAUGGUAUUUAAAAUGUAAUGGCCAGUGUCAUUGGGUAAUCAGUUCUUUGUUUUGCUCUAAUUCACAGAUUUGAAUAUAAGUUGCAGAUAUGCAGGUGUUUUCCACGUUGAGAAAAACCGCCGUUAUAGCCUUUCAAGAGAAGAGGCCAUUGAGCUUUGUAAAGCUCUCAACAGCACCCUUCCAACAUGGGACCAGAUGCAGAAAGCUUAUGACCAAGGAUUUGAAACCUGCAGGUAGGAAAUCUACAGGUGUACUUUCAAAAAGUUUUGGAUAGUUUGUUUUUGGGAAUUGAAGUCCAGUAACAUCUGGAGCAACACCGGUUCCCCACCCCCUGCCUUAGAACAAGCCUGUAAAAUAGAACAGCAUAGUAAUCCCAUAUCUCUCAUUCAGCCCUAAGGGUUACAUGUGCGAAAAUUGUGUAUAGUCAAACACUUGGAGCUGCCACACGGCAAGCAGGUCAGGGGGAGAGAGAGAAUAUCUCCAGCACUCUCAGAGCUGGUGUGCUGAGGGGGCCUUGCCCAGCAAGCCAGGUGGAGCACUUUAAAGUUCUUUUUGCACCAGGUCCACUUGGCUUACCCAGCAUGAAAAGAGCUUUUAAGCGCUCAACUGUGCUUGUGGGGCAAUGCCUGCUCAGUGCAAUGGUUCUAGAAGGCUAGGGAUGCUCCUGCGAGAUCUCACUGAGCAUCCCAUAGCAUGCUGAACAGGUGUGGCCCAGCAAGCAAGGUGGAGAGCUUAUGAGCUCUUUUUGCACUCCGUAACUCCAAGCAGACUCAGCAUGAAAAUAGCUCUCAAGCUCUCUUCCGCCUUGCUUGGGGACUUGGGCAAUUUCAAUCAGCCUGCCUUCAACUGCAUAUAGCUGAAAUUUCACAGGUCAGAUGCACGUAAGAUGCGGGAUUAAUGUAGCAUUACCCCAUGUCAGAUGGAGAGACUGAGAGAAUAAUGUUUUGUUUGCCUUAAGGCCACCUAGGCAGUACCCAGCCAAGGCAAGAUUUGAGCGAGACUUCCCAUCUCCUGCUGCUAAUUACCCUGUUAGUCACUUUGCUGUGCCAGAUAUCAUCAUCAGCAUUGCGUAUAAGUACAAUAAAUAUUUACCAACAUUCUUGCCCACCUGCAGAGAUGUACAUGCCACAGGGCAGCUUACGCAUUGAUCUGGUAGUUGGGUUGUCUGGAAGGAAUUGUUACUUACCUUGGGCAACUACAUGGAAGCAGAACCGCAGCCUAAGGGCAACAUAUGCCUCAUUAACUUAACAUAUUAAAUUAGCUUAGGCCAUGUGUGUGGCACCAUUACUAAUAAUUAAAUUUUAUGAACAUGCAACCGAGGGAAAGCAAAUUGAUAAAGCACCACCUUCUUGUCUAUAACACAACCACCUAAGUACUCCUAAGUCCAUUCUGUCAAAAGGUUUAACUGCUUUGCUUUUGCAUCUUUAUGAUGUGAAUUUUAUUGCUGGUUUGUGAGCUACACAGUGCUUGGACUUGUGUAAGAGUACUUUCAAAAUGCACGGAGUAAAGGCAAAUUCAUUGGUAUGGAAAGUAAUCAGCCUAAUUAGCAUGGUAAGUAAUUAGAUUAGUUAGUUUCUGAUGGUGCAAUUGUUCAAAAAUAUUUAACUGUGUAUGGAAUAAAUGUCAAGCAGAGUUAUUAAUAGUUGCAUAGUCUCCAGGAAGCAUUAGCAAAAGGUCUUCACAGUCUUGUUUUCCCUAAGGGCCUGAGUUGCAUUAUUAUUUUGCAGGGUAUGGGAUAUAAAUUAAUGGGAUAAACAGAAUUAUAUUAGAAAAAUAUGAAGGAACCAUCUUAUCUAAAAUAAUGGUCAAUGAAGUUAUAGAAAAGUCUCUUCAGGCGCAAUUGGCAAAAUUCUUCUUCUUCUUUUUAAUGCAGUGUUCUGGCUUUCUCCUACCCACCACCCCAAGCUGGGAGGUGUGGGGGAAAGCCCUGUUGUGUAAGUCCUCAUGCAGACUUCCGCUAGCAGGACUCAUUAGUUGAAUCCUGCCCAAGGAACAAAAAUGAUUUAACUAAUUCUUCCCAAGCCCAUCCUUCCCAAGGGGCUCUGGAAAGGUUAUGGCAAUUCUAGAUAGGGCCGGGAUUGUGUGCCUUCUUGCAGUAAUGGCAGUGGUGAGACUAUCUACCCAGUAGAUAUUUUUUCCUAUCUUUAAAGUAUUCAAACAGAACGCAUGUUCUCUUAGAUCACAGCCACAUGUAGUAAGGAUGAGACGGAACCUUAAAGAUCCUUCUAAAUUUCACAACUUGGGAGACGGAGAGAGUCUUUCCAUAAUGGACAGCUGAAUAUCCCAUAUUAUGAUUUAUUUUCUUAUGCAAGGGGUUUAAAAGAUUAGUAUGGUGCCUAGGCUUGUUACAGAGGAUGAGACGGAUCAAGGUUGCUUUGUACAUACCAUGGUAACAAUCCUGGCAACUCUGUCACAUCAGACAUGCAUUGGCUCUGAAGAAACAGGUUCUGGUUUGGUAGAUAGUGUUGUUGGACCCAGAUUGGCAGCAGCAUGUUUUGCCAAUGUUUUGCAAUGUAGUGACCUUAAUAGUACAGUGGAAAUAGUUAUGAACAAGAAUUAUUCAUGUUUCUAAGCCCCAUACCGUGGCUCAGUGAGGAAAUUGGGACCUAACUGUUGUGUUCAAGUUCCACAACUGGAAGGGGAAAGGCUCCCAAAACUGUGUGUUGCAUGAUAUUACCUUAAGCCUUGCUAGUUUAUGGGAGAUGAUUUCUGAAUAUUUAAUGCAAUGAGUGUCUAAGGAAGAUCCUAAUUCAGGUCAUAAUGAAAGGGUGUCGGGUGAAACAAGAAGAGACUGGUCAAGGGGGGCGGGGGGAAUCAGAGCUUCUGCACCUUUUGUGGAGCAGGGAAUUUCCACAGGUUUUAAGGCAACGCAUUAGAGAAGCCCGGUCAUAUUUUGCAGGAAACUAGUGCCACAAUGCCAGUGUCCCUGUGCAUUCAUCUGAAAAGGGCUUCACUUUCUGCUUGAGUUGAUCUGUUACUAAAAAGCCAUUGCUAUAGUACAGUGGCUUUACUGUACACCUCGGAACAAAAGAAAUAACACUUUAACAGCCUGAUUCUACACACAUUUACUUGGCAAUCAGUCCCAGGUUGACAGGGAUCACAUUAAUGGAGUAUAAUUUUCUGCACCUCCAUCCUGAGCCAGAAGGUUGUAUCCAGCACUGCAUGAACAGCAUUCCACUCAUGAAAUAAGACAUUUUAUUCUUCUCCUGUCUCUGCACACCCCUCAAAAUCAGUGCUAGCUGCUACACAACCUCUCUUUGAGGUUGUGCAGUGGACUGCAGAGGAGGGUGGGGAAGUCUGUUGCACUAGUGGGUGAUAGUUGCACAAAUGGAACAGCAGUAUUCUAUACAAGCCAGAGUUUCAGCAGCGGCUACCUUAGGGCCUGUCCAAAUUUCUGCUUGUGCCUCUGCUUUCCCCCAAGGAAAACCCACUCUUUACCGCUCAACUGGAUCAAACGCUGAUUAGGUUUUACACAGGUUGAUGCUUGCCUACAAUUCAGCAGGUUUCAAAUGGAAAACCUUUAGGACCUGUGCUUUCUAUGCAGAGAGUAAGCGGAAGUGUAGAUGAGUCCUUAGCUGUCUCUCCCCAAUCAAAAGCCAUUUUUAAAAGGGGGGGGGGGUGCAGAGAUGUUGAUUAACUUUCAAUAAACCUUUUCGGCAAAGAAGAUUUAAAGGAAAUCGGUACUAAAUGUACUAGAAACUCAGGAUAGUACUGCAAAAUAACCUUCAUUUGUUACAUAAUUUUAUUAACCACAUGUUCCACUGAAACAUUCAUUGAAUCAGUUUAUGGAGUUCCAUAUAUGCUGGAAAGCCCUAUGCUCAGUACAGAACAGCAAGGGGACGUUACUUAUUUUAGCCAGCAUUCCAUGUGUAGAUUAUUGCUACAUUUCAACAUUUUAUUGAAGCUUUGCAAAGUUUAGAGCAUGGUAUGUUUUUCAUCAUCCUUGCUUCUCCUUCACUGUUGUGCUCUGCCCUUUUUUGCAAUAACCCCGUCAGUUUCUUCUGCUGGUAAGUUAGGAAAAUAUAGAGACUGGGUUAAUGGAACACAGACCGGAAAGAGAUUGCUUAUAGCUCCCUAGUAUAACCCUUUGUGUAAAUAUGGGGCCAUUCACCCUUUAAUAUUUUAUCCCCACCCACCACAGUGACAUCUGGAAUUCAGAACACAGCAGCUUGCACAGCAAAUAGCUUUAGAUGCCCCAAGACAGUGGGCCUGCCAAUUGUGCUGCAGGAAAAUUCCUUCCCUUUCCAAAUCCAAUGUCCUAAUGUCAUUCCUAAUGACCAGUACACACCUGACAAAUAAUUUAUAUUAUUGUUACAUCCAAGUAAUCAGUGACGCCACCUAAUAAUGAAUCAAGCCUUUAGUCUAUCUAGCUCAGUACUUUCAGUAGCACCUUAGAGACCAACUAAAUUUGUUAUGGGUAUGGAGCUUUCAUGUGCAUGCACACUUCUUCAGAUACAGUGUGCAUGCACACGAAAGCUCAUACCCAUAACAAACUUAGUUAGUCUCUAAGGUGCUACUGGAAGGAAUUUUUUUAUUUUGUUUCGACUACAGCAGACCAACACGGCUACCUACCUAUGACUAGCUCAGUACUGUCAAAGCUGUGUGCAGUUGCUUUCUAGAAUUUCAGAUAGCACUGUUUCUCAACCCUGUUACCUGGGAUUUUUAUUUUAAACAAGAGAUAUCAGAAGUACAUGGAGUCAGAGGCCUGCAUGUUCUCUCUUACUCAAAUAUUGUCCCUUCCAUUUCCUACAAUGAGCAUUUCUAUUUAAAAAAUAAAACAAAAGCAAAACAUCUGGAACCCAUUGUAGUGUAUACAUAUUCAAUACAGCAAUAUUAAGAAUAACAAUAAUAUGUCCCAUCUGCUGCUACACCUGCUGUCUCUAGAAGAGCAGAGUUUCUGGGACUCUAACUUGGACCUUCCAAAGCAUUUUCCCAAAUGGUUUAAUCCACUGCAGUACUAUAGUGCCAUAAUUGUUCUAUAAUUCAUUUAAAAUAUCUAGUAGAAUGCAGGAUGGAUCAUGGCUUGAAAGAUACACACACACACACACACAUCAAUUAUGUGGACAGAAUCAGAGUCAGUCUUCAGUAGUUGUAGUAGUAUUUAUAUGCUGCCCAUCUGACUGAGUUGCCCCAGCUACUCUGAGCGCCUUCCAACAAAUUAUAAAACCACAGUAAAGCAUCAAGCUUUAAAAACUUCCCCAUACAGGGCUGCCUUCAGAUGUCUUCUAAACAUCAGAUAGUUGUUUAUUUCCUUGACAUCUGAUGGGAGGUCAUUCCACAGGGUGGGCGCCACUACCGAGAAGGCCCUCUGCCUGGUUCCGUGUAGUUUCACUUCUCAAAGUGAGGGAACUGUCAAAAUGUCCUCAGAGCUAGAUCUCAGUGUCUGGGCUGAAUGAUGGGGGGAAAGACGCUCCUUCAGUUUGGUUGAUGUGGUUCCUUCACAGAUGCUUUGUGGUAGUAUACAAUUCUGUGUACAUUGGUUAUUUACCUAGAUGCAUCAAUAUGUUUAUGCCUCUUUUUCCUAGAUAUGGUUAUAUAGAAGAAAAAAUUGUAGUUCCUCGACACACCCCUUAUGCACUCUGCGCAGCAAACCACACUGGGAUAUACGUACUUUCGUCAAAUAUAUCCGACAAAUAUGAUACAUAUUGCUUCAAUUCAUCAGGUAUGUUUGGGUUUGUUCACAUGCUUCCUAACAGAGAUAUUUUGCUGCCGCACAUGCUAUGUCUCAGUUUGUUGAAAUAAAUGUUAUAUCUUACAAAGCGGAAUAUGCAGGAGACAUAUGCUAAAAACAGAUUUUUUGGGCAUGCCUGCAUAACUGCUGACACACCAAGUUGAACAUAUUCAACCAGUCAUCAUAUAUUUCGGCCCAACCCCUCCCCACUUUUUUGCAAUUUCCAGCAGGCAACAAAAAACCCAGUAUGCAGAUCAGAUAUGUAGAGGCCUCCUCAUGCAUUUGGUGUACUUCUCCACAAAAAUUGCUCUAAAAAUUGGACUCUACCCACUGCAAACCUCAAUAAAUGGCUCAGGCCUCAGUGUACAGCUGUCGCCAUCAUAUCCCAUUUGGCUAAUGAAGUCUGGUGGAUUUAGGCAACUGGGGCAGGAUCUCAGUGUCCUGAGAAAUAAACAUUUGCAUUGCGGUCCAGAUGGGGCUGAUAUGUCCUAAGAAGCUGACAUGUGGCUGAACGGUGAGAGUCCUAUCCCUUCGUCCCUCCCCACAAAAUUAAAUUUUUGGAUGAUGCUGGCUUAAAAAGCAGGAAAGGUCUAACUACAACAUUCUUGAGUGUGUGGGGCAGUUAGGAAGGAGAUGAUGCUUCUGAUCCACACAAACAGUUACAGGCCAUACAAAUUUUGAACUGCUGUCAAGUUUUUAAGGAUUUAUCCUUAAAAUGAUUUUAAGGAUUUAUCUGCUGUUCUAAUUAUCUGCUGUUCUAAUUAUGCAUCCCAGCUUCUAUUUUUUAACAGAAGCUCACACUUAGCAUGAUUACAAUCUGCAUUUGUAUUGGCAUUGUUUUAAAUACGUUUUAUUACUUGUUUGUCAGCUUCUGUGGUAGGAAAAGUGGGAUAUAAAUUUAGUAAGUAAAUGAAUGAAUGUAGUAUGUAUGCCAAUUCCAAAUUCAAGACCCUAAACCUACAGGUGUGGAAGACUUACUUUUGUCCAUGGGAUGGUUGAGUUCUCAGCUGAAACCUGUUGCAUAGCCACCGCUUUAGUGUCAGUUCUCAUUUCCUUUGUUGCUUCUAACAAAAAUUAACCAGAUAAUAUUUUGCUCUCCCCUUUGUAGAAUCAAGGGACAUAGUUUGUGACCCCGUCAUAAAGUUAUACUCCAUUUGGCCUGAUGAAGAUAGCAAAAUAGGUAAGAGCUGAAUUUCAUACAUUUUUGUGUUGAGCUAUAUUUUGCAGGCUCUGAAACAAACCUUUGCAAACAUUUAAUGUGCCAUAAGAAAGCAUAUUCAGAAAAUGUGUAUAGAGUUUUGUAUACAUUUUAGAAUAGAAUAACCUCCUAUAGGUAUUUAGUAUAAUCUAGUACAACUUCAUGGUAUAAUCAUCUGCCUGAUUUUUAAACUAUUUAUUUUCCAUUUAUCUGCUAGAAUUAGGCCUUAUAAGAUCAUUCGGAGGUGAUAAAAAUCAGCCAUAUUAUUAUCAAAUUAAAUAAGUGAGACCCUGCAGCAAAAUUUUGUGUGUAUAGGUGUUUCUGCCCUCUAACUUCUCUCCCACUGACUAUUUCUUGGCUUAGAGCCUUUGAAACACAUGCAUUAAUCUCCAUGUUCUUUUUGGUACAUUACAAGAAGCAUUUGUGCAUCUUCUUCCUUGAUGGAUGUUUAUUUUAACACACAUUGCCUGCCUUGGUUGAAUCCAGAACACAUUGUCAGACUUGAAUAAGUCACUGUAUUGGAUAGUUUAUCAAACAUACUGAUUAUCCUGUCAACAGUACAAUGAAGUAGAUUGUUACAGGCGGCAGACAGUUCUUGAAUGUAAUAUUCACGACACAAUAAUUGUUUUAAUAUAGCUAAAUAACUAUCAAACUGUCUAUCAAAAGCACUGAAGAUUAGAAAGAAAUAGUUUCAAGUUGUAGCAAAGCACAUUUAGAUUGGCCAUUGUACAACGAGCAGAACAACUGGAAAAUGAAGGAGCGUGUAACACCUCUUCCCCUGCAAUCCUUUAAAUGAUAAUCUGUCAUGGAUAGUUCAAGCCUAGCAAACUGUUCUCCAAAGGAUUUUGCUACAUGCUCCUUCUAACCUAUUGGCUUUAUGAGUCUCCUGCAAAAAGUAAGCACCAUAGGGAAGUCUGCAGGUGCAUGGCCUUCUGUAUUGUACUUUGUUGGAAAACAUUUUACUAUCCUAGCAGCAAAUGCCAUUGCAUAGACAGUGCAUGACACAAUUCAGAGUACAAAAAAGUUCCCACAGGGCAGAGUGCCUUAAGUGCACGAUAAAACCUUUCCUACUCCCAGGAGGGAAGGGGUUGUGAGCGGGAGACGAUUCCUGCGUCAUGCAGGGGGCGCUCCGCCCCCUGCUUCAAUUCCAGGGCUGGCGCCACGCCCCUCCCCGAUUGGGCACCCAAUAGGGAAGCUCAACAGGGGCGUGGCUUGCAGCUCAAACGCAGCCGCGCCAGCCAUCCCCACCAUUGCACACACAUUUUCUUCGAGUCACCCACCCUCCACUCCCUUUAGCUGUUCCUGAGACUUUGCUAUGGACCUCUGGUUGGUCGCCCUGUUUAACCAGGGGGCCUGGUAGGAGUUUUUUCCAAUUGGCUAAAUUGGCCCGGCCUCUUGGUUUUUUUUCGCCUACCUCGUAGCAACCGUCACAGCUUUCGUGGUAUUUGGCGGUUAGGCAUUGGAAUGUGUUGUUGGUGUUUCGGGGGGCAAGGUGUGCCCAUCGCCUUCCCCAACAAUUUUGGGUAUUCCGCUAAAGGAUUCCGGUGGUCGUGGAUCCUGUCCGAUGCCCGUGUGGCAGGAGGUCAUGGCACGACCCUCGGUGACAUCAGGAAGAGAGCCUAUAGUUGGAUUAGCAUCAACAAGUUUCCCCUACUGGUGGUUAACCCCUCCUCAGACUCACCCCUCUACGAGUGGGUGGAGUCUAAUGUUCCGCGGUCCAAUGCCUAAGCCAAUACCUUCUCACAUGCUGUAAUCAAUAAAGUUGUGGCCUUUACCUUACCCAUUAACCUUACAUUCUGUGUCCACGUGUCUUUAUUCCCCAAGCGGGGAUCGGGUCCUCGAAUCACAACCACAAAAUGGCUACGUUUUACGAAGAAGAGAUGACUUGUACAAUGUGCAUCUACCGUAUUUUUCGCCACAUAGGACGCACUUUUUCCCCUCCAAAAAUGAAGGGGAAAUGUGUGUGCGUCCUAUGGGGCGAAUGCAGGCUUUCGCUGAAGCCUGGAGAGCGAGAGGCAUCGGUGCGCACCGACCCCUCUCGCUCUCCAGGCUUCAGGAAGCUAUCCGCAAGCCUUGCAAGCCCAGCGGGAGUUCCCGCGGGCUCACAAGGCUUGCGGGCAGCAGCCUGCAGCCCCGGUGAGUGUCCGCAAGCCUCGCGCGCUCGGCAGGAGGUCCCACCGAGCGCGCGAGGCUUGGGGCGGCAGCUUGUCGCCCGAAGCACGGGGAGCCCUCCGGAGGGCUCCCCGUGCUUCAGGCGAGUGUCUGCAAGCCUUGAGCGCCCGGCAGGAGGUCCCGCCGGGCGCGCGAGGCUUGGGGCGGCAGCCUGCAGCCCGAAGCACGCGGAGCCCUCCGGAGGGUGCCCCGUGCUUCGGGCAGGUGUGCGCAAGGCUUGGGGUGGCAGCCGCGGCGGGGGGGGGAAUAAUUUUUUUUAAUUCAUUCCCCCCCCCCAAAAAAACGACGUGCGUCCUAUGGGCCAGUGCGCCCUAUAGGACGAAAAAUACGGUAACUUCUUUGUACAUAAAACAUUCUAAAAGUGGUCAGGAGAAUAUAACCACUUGUCUUCUUAUACGUAUGCCUAUGUGGAAAGGUUUUCCUCAUCAUUUGGCAGGAUCUUGACAUUAGCCCAGUUUGGGCACAAUUUUAACUGCAGUUUAGGACUAUGCAAACAAUCCUUAGGCUUGUACACUCCAGCUUUCUCUCUCCUCCUGUACCAUGUCCAUGAGGAGAUUGGAAACACCCAUUGCUUCUUUUUAAUUAACUGCAGUUUAUCAUUAAGCCUAAGAAGGAUAAACUGUGGUUAGUCUAAACUUAAAUUGUUUUUUUAAAACAAACCAGAAUCAAAUCAUAGUUUAUCAUCCUGGCUUGUUUCAGAAACCAUAGUUUAGUUUGAACUAAUCAGAGUUCCCGAUUCAGAUGUAACAAUAAACACUGGUUGCCUCUUCGUAGAACAGAUGGGAGUAUGUAAGUGUGACACUCACUGCUGCUUAAAACAAGGUUUGAACUUGGCUCUAAGUAGUUGAAGGCACAGGUUCCGUGGUAAGUUACCACAUGGGAGAUAGUACUGCAACAGGACAGCUAUCUUGCUGGAAAUGUUCCUCUGUUCAGCUAUGUUUAAUUCCUUACUUCCUCUUUCCGACAGAAAUAUACAAUCCUGAUGGAUCACACUAUAUUGAUGGAGAGAGAUUCACAAAACGGCCACCCAUUAAUGAAGAUGAAAAUACUGGCGGCAGUGGUUCUGCAAAUGACAGAUCAACGACAGAUCCCAAUGUUAUCAGUCCGGGUAUCUCGUCACAUUUUCCUCAUCAUACAGGUAUCACUGGGAUUUACUAUUUAAGUCAUGAUGUGAAAAAGUAGCAACUAUCAAUGAGGAUAAUUUCCUUCUGCCAUAAACAAAAGAAUAUUGUAAAUGAUUCAUCUAACAUAGUGCCGAUAAAUUCUGAGUAGUGCCCUUGUUAGUCUAUUAUAGCAGAAACUAGAGUACUGCUCCAGUAAUAUAAUGAAAAAAUGCACAAAGUUGUUCGAAGAAUUCAUAAUGAAAACAGUAUGGGUGGUAGGUCACUCAUUUAUCCAUUAUGCAACUCAUUUAUCUAUUAUUACACAGAUGGUGGUAUUUUUACCUCAAAAGAGCCUUUUGCGGGGAAGGAUGAAGAUGCAACUGAUGCUCCAAAUACACAUGAUGGCCACCAUGAAGGAGGACAUUCUAAAGACCAGCAGCCCCAAAGUCCUAGUAAGUGUAACAAUUGUAUUAGGUACAUUUUAUGUAAACUUUCCUGUGCUUCUGGAAGAGACAAGAAGGGAAAUCUGAUGUGUGGUAGAAAUAAGAUUGAAUAAGGAUUAGUUUGCACAAUCUUUAUGUUGUGUAGUUGUGUACGUUGUUGCAGUGGUGAGCUCACAAUCAGUGUUGCUCUUUGUCCCUAGUGUGGCAUGUCUGAUUGGUCCAGAGGCAUGAUAUGUCUCCCUCAAAAAAGGGAAGACUGAUCUCAUGGUUAGUGUAUGUAUGCUGAUCACAAAUUCUACUUGUAGUGGUCGACUGUGCAUGGGCCUGAUACCCACUCCAUGAAGCAGUGCUAUGUAGAAUGUACAAGUUUGCCAAAUCUAGCCUCUACAAGUCUGUGUUUAAAGUUGUGAUUAAUUAAACUAUUGCAUUAAUAUCUCCAGUGUGCUAUUGUGUCAGAUGUCCAAGAGUUCUGGAAAUAUGCAAUUAGGCUCUUCAGAAAGCUGUCUUCCAUUUGUGAAAGGCAUUUUUCCUUUUGAUACAUACUGCAUGAGUAUGUGGUUUUCAGUUAAUUGAGGCCAUACUGACAGAAUGGUGCUUGAGGAUCCCUUUUUUCUCAGUUGGACAAUAUAGAAAAACUAAAAAAUACUCAUUGAAAAUCUGAAGGGUAGUUCUAUGGCUAUUUGUUUGAAUUAGAAGAAGUCUAGAUUCAUCUGGUCAUUAUUAUCUCUCAGGGAUGGAGAGAAGCCUCAGUUUGAGAUUUUGUGAUCCAGGUUUUCUUGAUAGGAGUUAAAAAUGUUGCUUUCAUCUUGGGGUUCUUUGUAUGCACUUAAUUUUGUGUCUCCUGAAAUAUAUAUGUGUGUGUGUGUGUGUGUGUGUGUGUGUGUGUGUGUAUGAGAGAGACAGAGAGACAGAGAGACUGAAUUCUCUGACCAAAGCCCAGAUGAUUUUGAUAUCUCUCUGGAUCACCACUUUUCACAUGAACUACUAUUAAGGCAUCAUUUUCCUUUAUUUGUAUGAUCAUCUCAAUACAUGCAAGUUGGCCAGCACUGCCAUUUAAAUGGGCUUCUUUUGAUCAUUCACUGAAAUGUACUUUUUAACUGCUGAACGAUGUGGUUGACAUUGCAACUUUCUAGAUAAACCUGUUUAGGUUUACUUUGGGACUUCUUGAAGAAAUAAUGAGCAAGAAGGAAAUUAGCUGCAUCCUAGCAAUAAAAAUGUAUUUUAAUGGUCUCACACAGUAGUGUCACUAGUUAUUUCCUGCUUCUUAAAAUAAUGUUAAUUCCCCCCCCCCCUCAGUGCAAGGUAACUCCUGAUGUUGAGUAAAAUGUACAAUUUGUACUGGUGGUGGUGACUUCCCUUCAUGUAGCAAUGCAUAACAUGGAGAAAGGCUUCACUAACAGCUGAUGCUCCAGAAGCCAGGGCAAGGCAUAUAGGUGCUGGAAGGAAGAUUGGUAUUAGGGAUGUGUGAAAUAUGUCCUGCAUGCUGGGACAGCAAGAAUUUGAGACCAAUACCUGCAAAAGCAUUGUGUUUGAAUCACCAGCUUUACACUGCAUGCGUAUUGUCAUUCAUAACUGCACAAUUUAUAUGUUUGCAUCAAAAUGUAAACAGCAGUACAGAUUUGAACCAGUUUUGCACAUCACUUGUACAGUUGCCUUCACUGGAAAAUCUUGUGCAAUUCACACCACAGCUCUUUCUUUUCACAGAUAAUAGUUGUGGGUCUGCUGCUUACAUGUCAUUCUAACUUGCAACAGUAGAUUUGUGGAAUUGGCAGCGGAGCAGAAACUUGUGAAUACGUGUGCGUUUCUAAUCUUGAUCUCAGCUUUCUCGCUUCAAGGGUGGUCUAAGGAAUUAUAGCGAUUGGAGAUUCAAACCAGCUUUUUGAGAAAUGAUGGCAAGUUCAUAAGCUAGAUACUCCCAAACUAUAUAAGUUCAUGAAAAGGGCAAGCUGAUAUAAGGAGUAUUAAAGAGCCAGCCAAUAAAACCACUUAGCACUAAUCUAAUUAGUCCACUAGCCUGGACCAAACCAACUUCUUGAUUUUAUAAAUGUAUAAUUAAUGGUACUUUAAAAUUGCUGCAGCUGUUUGAUCUAGAAUUGGUUAUUUAUCUAUUUGGUCUCUUGUUACAGUUGUCCAUGUUGCACAUUAUCACCAGGACAUCAUCUGUAAAAUAAAUAAUUGUCUUAAGUUGUUCUGAAUUUUGAGGCUGAAUACAACAGUGGUCUUUUCUCUGCCGUUCUGCUCUAUAACUAGAUCAAAGGUCAUCCUGAGCCUGUUGAUUUGUGCACUGGUGCAGCCAGGGGUUGGGGAUCUUCCUCUUAGCUGCUUCAUCCUCUUGAUGCACCCCUGUUGUUUCUGGGGUUUUUUGUGUUUGCGAAACAAAUUCUCCUGCCUAAGAUUUCUAUUUUGUCAACCAAACUGCAUUCCAACCAAGCACUGAAUACAUUCUGUUGUAUGCUUAGUAUGUAUUUAUACCAUACAUUUCUGUACACUAAACUUUGGUUAGAUGAAACCUUAAGUUUGGGAAGAGGCUUCAGUUGACUGCUAAUCCUGCUAUGCUUGUGUUGCUUCUUGGGGAAUGAGCCCAUCUGAAGUCUAUUCCAUGCUUCAUUUAAGAAGAGGCUGGAUGGCCAUCUCUCAUGGAUGCCAUGGUUGCAGCCUGCACUGAGCAGUGGGCUGGGCUAUAUUGCCUGCAAUACCCCUUCCAAUUUUGUCUGAUUCUGUGAACCUAAUAGAUAAUUACUGAUUGCCAGAUGAUAAUGAAUGUCGCUGUACUGGAAAUGGGCAAUGUUACACUCUGGGUGAAGGAUAAAUGCCAUUCCUUGCACAUGCUUUGGGAACUCAAAGCUGAAAACUAAGAAUUGCCAUUCUUAGAAUAAACAUGAAAGCAACAAGCUGUCAUUUGGGGAAAAAAUACAUGAAAGAAUUUCCAGCAUGAACAUCUUUGCUGUAUUCAUUCUCACAUUUUCCAUUGUGCUGAAAUGGAAAGAUACCGCUUGGUUUGUCUUCUCACCAGUGAGAUUUUUCUUUCUUCUCAUUGAUCUCUUCCUCUUCACCAAGGCUUUCCCCCCCUUUGGAUUGCUGCUGCUUUCCCUCUUAUCAUUGAGAAUGCUCUCCAUCAGGUUUACAUCUCCUCAUCUCACAGAGUGAUGUAAAUGAAUGGAUGAGGAAAUGAUAGCGCUCUUCUCUUUCUCUGCACUGCCACAAGGAAAAGACCAAGACUCAGCACUGGAACAGAAGUAAAUAACGAUGGAAAAUGUUCAGCAAGUAACUCCUUAAACCAUCCUCAUAGCAGAAGAGGGAAGAUCCCACGAUGGGUCCAUUUGUGCUCUAGCACAAGAGCACUAAAUUCCAGUUUUGCUUUUCCAGUUAUGGCUAAAUAUUCAAAUGUGUUGUGGAUAAAAAUGAAAAUCUUUACAACCCUUUAACUUCAUCACGACAGAUUUAGACUCACAUGAGAAGCAAGAAGAUCCAACAGAAGAAUACAAAACACCUGGACAAGAAGGGGAUAAGUAUGGCAGAAAAACUCAGCUUUCUCCUAGUAUCAGUAAGCAUAAUUCUUUUUACUGGGAAAAUGGCCUUGUAGAUAUUUUCUGAAGCUUACUCAUACUUGCUUAUUCUCCCAACAUACACUUAGCCUUCACAUCUUUAAUUUGCACUCACAUUAUUCAUACCAUUUAGUGUGUUAUUCUGGCUUCUUUUCUCUCUGUUGGUGCCCCUUUAUAUAUUUCCCUUAUUUUGGAUUAUGGCCAAGCUGAGGACUAUUUGCCUGUGUUGUAUAAACAAACAAACAAAAUCAACAUUAACGCCAUUCAAGAACACAGGACGUGAUCCUUCAUUCUCUAUUAAGAGGAAGUCCUGGUGAUGGUGAUGGAAGACAGAUUAAUGGAGUUAAUCUGCCACAGCAUAUAUCCAACCUGUUAGUUACUCUGCCAUCAUUACAGCUGGUGAAGUGUCAAACAAUGAGAAGCACCCUGAAAACUCUACUCAAGUUCGACAGGUUCUUGAAGAAUUCCCUUUAUGGUGGCAGUCGGAGGAACACAAAGAAGUGCGCAACGCAACUUCCAGGAAGGGUAACGCCUUACAAAUGUUCUAGUCAGUUUGCCACCCCCCGCUCUUAAAAAUGCUUGGGCAAGAAACUCAUCUUCUCAAUGAGAAGUUGCUGCUAGUCUUUUGUCUGCUGUGACUGAAACCAGCAUUGCAGCCGCCUCCAGCACAGUGACUGUUGUGCGUGAGCACUGGCAGUAUGAGAGGAUGCAGUCAUGUGGUGGCCAGACAUGUAGAACAGUGCACAAGUUGACCACAGGUCCUCUUUUCUCCAACCACUUGUACCACCGUGCGGAAGCACAAAUCAGCAUACUGUACUGCAUGUAGCCACAGGAGAACUGCCAGUGGAAGCGCACAGCAAUUACUAUGCUGGAAGUGGUCAUGUGGAUUGACCUAGCAGGUUCACUGUUGUUACCUGAUUGUAGCACAAUGCAGCAAUUCCCUCUGGCCAAGAAGGUAUUAAAUGCCUCAGCUUCGCAUAUGUGCCUGUGAAAAGGGUACGCGCAUACUGAGCACACACAUGCAUCUUUCCUUGCAAUGUGCAAUAUGGGAUGCCUUCUGCAGCACUGUGCUCAAUUCAAAUAUUUCUAAAUAAUAUGGAUCAUUUUGAAAUUGUUUUAGAUAUACGCAAUAAUGGAUAAAAGUUAGUUGUGAAAAUAAGAAUUAGGGUAAAAUCUUUGCUGUGUAAACUAGCUUUAUCAGGUAUCUUCCCCAUGUAACUGUAGAAGAGGAACUAGUUCCAUAGUCUUGCAUUGUACUCUCUUCCAUUUGCUUUGUCAUUAUUUUCAAUAAUUAUAAUUUAGUCAUGGCUUUCUCCUUUCCACUUCUCCUCUUUUAGGCAUCAAUUAAAACUUCAUAGCUAUAUUUUUCUGAGAACUGUCACAAAAGCCCGUUGACAUGAAAUCAUUAUCUUGUCAAAACAUUCACCGCUGUAAUUGCCAGUCAUAUUCUGAAUCCAGAAAGGCACUGUUUUGGCUUUCUUCAUUACUCUUAACAAUUUUAUUACACUGUGAUACCUUAGCCUGGUAUUAUACUGUCGUCUGAUAUAACCUAGAUGAUUUUCACAUUCACUGCAUUUGCACAUAACGAUAAGCCAUGGUUUAGGUGCACAAACCAUGCACAAAGUGAAGGAAGCUUCUGUGAGUCUUGGGCAUGCUUGUUUUCUACUCUCCUUCCAUGUGGCAGGGAGAAGGCUUCUGGAGCAUUUAGUUCCAGUUUCAAAGAAUCUUAACUGAUAACAUAUGAACCAGAGAUCGUUGUAAACCAAACUCUGAUCAGUUUCUGAACAAGCCAACUUCAAACCUUGAGUUAUGAACCAGGCUUGUUUAAAUAUCCACAGCUUCUCUUAAACCACUGUCCCUGGUUCCUACAUAAUGGCAAACCAGGUUUCUCAGAAAAUGAAAAUAAAUAUUCUCCCUGUGAUCAGAAGGAAUGCACAAGCGCAAGUCUCAUGGCAGCUCUUUCUUGCUCAUGAAUGUAGCACUAAACCAUAGUCCAGCAUUAUUAGACAGUUCUGGCGUUACCAUGGUCCAGAAAACAGUCAUUAUAACUAAUCUUUCUGUAGCCUUUAACAAACACAUAAAGCCUUGUAUUUACUUCUCCCUAUUUAAGGAUUCUUGACCACAUCAGCUUGACAUUUCUCUUUAAACCAAAUCAAAGUUGCAAACAGGAAUAAAAAAAUAGCAGCUUACUAUGGCCAAUUAGCAAUGGGAAACAAGAGAGACAGAAAAUGGGCAAAUGACUUUAUGGGAUCCAGUUCUCUUAGUGAUCUUUUGAGGACAGUUUUAUGAGCAGUGCUUCUUGGCCUGACACUUUGUCCUAUUUUUCUCUUAUGCAAGGUUUUAACAGAGGAAACUCUAAAAUCAGAAAAAAUAAUAUAGUCAAUAACGGGCAACCUUUUGCAUACAUACAUACAUACGUACAGAAAGGAAUCCUCGUUCUUACCCUUCCCUGAGCUCAUGGAAGGGCUUUUGAUCCAGUGGUUGAGAGGAGGAAACAUUUGCUGAUCUCUUCCACAGUGCCCCUGAAAAACAGCUCCAGAAACUUGGGGUACCUUCCAAAUCACAGUAUAGGCUAUUGUGGGGAAUGGAUUGCAGGACGAAGAGUGAAUUGGGAAAAAUCUUUUGCCCUCCCUGUCCAUUAGCAGAGGCACCUGCUGAAUCAAAAGCCUUCUGUUAUCGUAAGUGCCCUGAUUGGAUUCCACCCAUUGUAAGCACAAAAAUACAUAUGGUAAAACUUUGGUGGGUGGGUGUGAGUAAGGGAUUUGGGAUUCACUAAAAUGGCUUAUAGAUGCACCACAAUUUAAAUAAAGGGAUUCAAUACCCUCACUUAAUUUUUCCUCCACUUUAUUUUGCUUCCUUAUUGGUUAAUAUUAUAUUUGGCUUUAUUUUAUCAAUGUCCUGCUCUUUUUCUGUGCCCUAAGCUAACUUCUCUCUAGUGUAUAAACACUUCUGAUUUUGAUAAAUACUACAAGGUUUUCAAUUCCUGUGAGAAGUCAAUGCAAGAACUAUAGGAACAGACCCCUCUUUCUUGAAUUAAGCACCAAACGCCUAACUGUUAAGCCUCUUUCUCCCUUCCUCUUAUUAAUCUUAUUGUUGGCAGGCAAGUUGUUUAUUCAGGAAGGUGUUGAUGGAUAGUAGCUUAGUUGGGAAAUGUUGGCUUAACAAAUAAAAAUAUCAUAUCUCAUUCCUCUGUUGUCUGAACAGCUGUCAGCCCUCAUCACAAUUCACACGAGAAAAUGUCCACCAGUAUUGAUUUUAAGGAGGUGCAUCAUCCCAUUGAAGGAACUUGGGGUAAAAAAAUUAACUGUUAACAAUCGUUUAUAAUUGUCUAGAAUACAAACUUAAUGGUAACAUCAGAAGUAGUGUGUUGAUUGUAGAAAACAGCCCCUAAUUCCGUAAGGAUUUUUCUAUUCAAUAAAGCCCCACUUAGUCAGAAAUCUUUGGAUCUGAAUAUACAGUUCAGACUGAAUAUGCAUGAAUAUUCAUUUGGACUGAAUAUGUAUCCUCUAUUGCUACAUCUAUGUAUUGCUGAGAUCCCCUGCUCUUUUAAUAACUCCUCAAAGCAUCCUAAUAUUGGGUUGCUUUGUCAAUAACUUUAUUUCUUCUUAUCCACUGGUUGUUCUUAAUGCCAGCUCCAUUAUUUGUGGCGGCGUGGGAUGCAUAAACUGAAAAUUCUCUUGUCCUGUCUCUAACUUCUGUGUAACUGUCUCUUUUCUUAUGGUAGCAAAUUAUACAGUAAGAAUAUAGCAUUUCCACUGAGAUUCUUGUCAAAUCACCCAUACUCAGAGCUCCAACUUUUCUCUAGUCGGAUCCAAAGGAUCUUGCAGUGCCUCCCAGGAGCAUAUCCUGGUGUAUUGAGUGCCUUGUAAAUGCUCUCUCUUCUCUUUAUUAUAUCACUCACAAUGCCUUGUGUGGUAUUACAGUGAUACAAGGCAACUGUAACCAAUUCAGCCAUCUUCUUGUCAUGCACUGGAUCACAGACAGUCUUAUUGAUUUGAUGCCCACUGUACAUUGUUGCACCGCCACCACUGGUUGAUUUAGUUCCACCCAAUAAAUCUAUUACGCAUUAUUAAUGUCUUACUCAUUAUUCAUCUCUAACGAGGAGCUCUGAAAACACUGCCACAAAUGAGAAAGACAAGGAUAAGGAUGGAUAAUACUUACUCUGGUGAUUGGGAAAUGGAUAAUGAUAUUAAAAGCUUAUCGUAGAUUUACAUAAUCAAAUCACUAGAUAAGAGUUCUGAAGAACAUCAUGAUGUUGUUGGUGAUGAUGAUGAUGGUGGCGAUGAUGAUGAUGGUAGCGAUGAUGAUGAUGAUCAUAAUGGAGAAGGGUCUGGGCACUUAAAUCCUGAAACCGUUCUUGAAUGGAACAGCAGUGGUGAUAACGAACCUCGGCCAUCAAAAACCAGUAAGCAUUAAUUCCUGUAAUGUAUGCACUGCGCUAUAAUGAAAGUCAUUAGAUGUGUCUCAGUAAACAAUGGGAUUUUGAUGUAUGUGUACAUAUUAAGCACUCUAGAAGUAAUCAAUGAUAAUCUAUAAGGAAUAAUUUGUACCAUACAUAAUUCAGAAAUACAACAGCAUCGAAUCGAAAAUUAAUUUAUAAUGUUAUAAUGAAAUUCUGGAUAUAGUGGAAGAUUACUGCUUAAUAAUAGACAACACAGAGCAAAGAAGGUUUAAUUGAGUACCAUGAAUUAUAUUACUCUGCAAUUUUUUCUAUGCAUAUCCUACACUGGUAUAAUCCUAUUGGCUUAUUCUGGAAAUGGAAACUUGGAUGCAUACUUACAAACAAAAGUCUCAUUUUGUGUUUUAUGCUUGAACUUCGUUUAGCUCUGAGUUGCCUUACCUCCUCUCAUUGGUGUCUGUUAGGCAUUUGUCCUAGGAAUGCAUAUUAUGAAACUACGCUUUCCUUGGUAAACAUCCUUAAACUACUUUGGUUUCUUUUGCAUUGGAUUAUCUCUAUGAUGGGGACAUUGCAAAGUGUGCUGGUGCCUUCAGUUGUAUUUGGAAAAGUACCAUUCCUAUCAGUACAUUUAAUCUCUAGGCUCUGACUUUUAUCAUUCAUGUUAUUUGUGCACAGGUGGUCUAUGAGGUCAAAUUUAUUUUGCUAUGGUGAGAUGGUGGUUGUUUUGUGGUGGUGGUAAAAGUUAUUCUUUGGGUUUAGCAACAAGCAUCAAGUUAUAUGCUAAACUAACAUAUGUUGUGCAUAUCUUCCUGGAUUAUUCUUUCUCUAAUUGUGGAAAAUGCAAUUUAGUGAAAUCAGUCAAGCGGCUUGUAGUCAUUUGUAUCUAUCAGAAGUGUAGUGGGUCUCAUUGUAUUGCAUGGAUCAUGCAUUUUGCUAUAGUUCUUCCAUAGUGAAGCAAAGCAAAUCGUAAGUCAAAGAGUGCAUUUCAAAGAAAAAAAUUCUGUGGAUCAAAACUUUUUUUUAUUGUUUUCCAACAUAAUUUUAUACAGUAGUUGGAGACAUGGGUUUUGCUUGCAGAUCUACUACUCUUGCAACAAUUUUCAGCCAGAGUGAAUAUUUGCAAUAUAAAGAGGACAUACUCCUGAUUCAUGGUUGUUUAUUUAUUCAGUAUUUGAUGGCAUUCAGUGGACAUGUGUGAACUGUCCACUGUAAAGUAUUGCAUUUGGUUUCAAAUUGUUGUGCCUGCGAUGGUGAAUUUCAGAGGGUUCUCUCACACAUGUAAGUUUCCACGAUGCUAAAGACGAAACGACAUGGAUAUGUGAGCUGUGCAUUAAAAAUACCUGUACAAUAUAGAUGACUUGUGUUAUACCCAUGUGUUAUACCCAAGAAAUAAUACCAAUGUUAAUUGGUUGGUGGUAGUGUGGAGUAUAGUCAAAUAAAUAUCAAUUCAACUAUUGUCACAACAGCUGUGGUCUCCACCAAAGAUGUCAAGCAUGAUGACUCGGCCCAUGAUUCAUUUCUGCAUGGUGUACACUCUGAAAAAGACAGUGAAGUCAGAUAUUCAACAAAUGGCACAAGGGAGGAUGUGCUACCCCGAAUUGUUCCUCUAGGUGAUGAUGAACAUUAUUCAACAGCUACUGGUAUGACUACUAAAGCAUGAUCUUGACACUACCUCUUUCUUGUCAGCAUCAACUCUCACAGUAUCAAAGUCUAGAAGUUAGUUAAUAACUAGAAUCAUGGUGCAGUGCUACAUCUGUAGUAUAUCUGCUACUACAUCUGCAGAUAAUAUGCUGUGAUUACUUUUAAAAAAGAAAGCAGAGCCACAUAUUUGAAGGCAUUUCCCCCCAGAUGUGUUCUGUUAAAUCUUAACAAAACCAUGAAACCAAAAGCUCACGUGUUAUUUGGCUUUGACUAAGCAAGAGUGAGUCACAAAUCCCAAAUCUGAAUUUAUUUUAGACUCCAAAGUUCCCUGAAAUUUGCAGAAGUUCCAAACCAACAUGUCAUCCCUGUCUAACCAUAUCUUAAAGCAGUAUUUUUUAAAGUGCUGUCAUAUGUAACCACGUUGGCCUCAGUUCAGUGCUACACAAAGGAAGUUUGGCAGUGCUAAAGUACACAUAGAUCAGACACGCAGCCAGUAAAAGUCAGUAUAGAAACAUGAUGAGAUUGGCCCAUACAAAAUCAAGUUGCUGCUGUGUUUUUCAAGUAGCCAGUGCUUAUAGACUUAACACAUAUGCAACUUGCAUUGCAAUUUUGGUUUGGUUUAUUAUGGAAAUGUAUUAGCAUUUUCUCUUGCAGAUGGGGUCUACCUUGCUUUCCUAUUCCAUAGGGCUUUCUGUGGGCUUGGUGUUAUUUCAAAAAUCUAAAGCAUGUUCUCUUGGGCUCAUCUCAGGCAGUCAUCAUAAUGUUCAACACAUUAUGCUUCCUGCUGAAUGCUGGGAAAAGGUUUGACUCUGAAGGAAAAAUCUGGUGGUGUGGUGGUGGUACCUCAAGAUGCUUCUGACAGUUUCCUUGGAUUUAAACAGCAGCACCUUUAGAACUGUAUAAGGCUAUGCUGAAAUGGUUGAACUACAUCUGGCUCAGAAUGCCAGCCAAAAUAUUUUUUUCAAGUUGAAUGUGUGAGCCAACAUUAUCUAUCUGCAGCAUUUGGCCUUAGUGCCUGGAACAAAUGUCUAAACAUAUUCCAAAAAGUACAAUUUCAAAGAAAAAGGAAGAAGAAAAAGAAGACAAGAAAGAGAAAGUUUAUGGACUUAAGAUGGUGCUGUGAUUUCAGUUGUACAAAGCCUUGGCAUCUAUCAAAGACGUUUGAUAGAUCAGUUAAAGGUGCAAGCUGUUGUCACAUCUUUUCUGCCUAUAAUACUGUUACACGCCUUUCCACUAUUCCUACUGGUCUCUGGGGCACUGUCUGGAAAAUCAGCAACUUCUGAUAAUCGAGGUGAUGACACUGGGUGGCUGUGAAUUCAACAAUACUUUCCAAAAAAAUUAUCUACUUUCCUCCUCCUCUUGCUUAUGCACAUAAUUGAAAAAGCAAGCCAUGUCUAGUUUAACAAGAUAAAGUGAACAAUCUGGAUGGUUGUUCAGCAAGCAUAACACUGCAACUGAUUCAAAACAUCAUCAUAACAGCUGGGUCCUCCAGUGAUGAUUUCUUCAAGCAGGAAGACUCAACUCAGACUCCACUAGAUGGUGCUCUCUCUGGAUUAGAAACUGAAGACACAUUACCUACAACCACAGCUUCAGACGUAUUGCAUCCUGUGCUUGUUCCAUCAAGUGAAAGAGAAAGAACUCUGGAGGAAGAAUCUUCCCACCAUACAGGUAUCAGAAGCAAUAGUGAACUGUAGAAUUAGAUUUUCAUUUGGAUUGUUUGCUUUCAUUUCCUGAUCCAGGUUUCUGGAGAAAUGGUGUUUAACCAUACUUAAAAUUAGAACUUUUAGUCAAGGGGUUGGUGGGCGUUGUGAGUUUCCUUUAGUUAUUCUUCCAUAUAUUAGAGAUGUGAGUUCCAAAUUGUUGAGAGUUUUGCUCUUCGCAGUCAUUUUUCUCCCAUUAUUUUUAGUUACAUUUUAAAUAGAUACCGGUAGGUACAAUCUAUUAUCAGUGUCAAACGUACCCCAGAUAUGUCAUACCGAUAAAAUUUAUGUUUAUACCAUUUGCUAGUAAACCUAUAUAAAUAUCUAAAAGUAGACUGUACUGGGCUUGAUGGGCCAGUGGUUUGACUGAAUAUUAAGGAUGUGCCGUGUGUGAGAACACAGAGGUAUAAAUCAAGGCCACUUUGCUGUUUGGUUAUUCUGAAGUUAUCUCUGUGUUAUCCCUGUUGUGGCAAUGCAGCAGCUUGAGUUGUAUUGGUUGCCAGACUUAUUGCUACAGUAUGCAAAUUGAAGAAUCUGGGUUUAAGCUGAUGUAAGCCUACUGAACUCAGUGGAAGUAGCUGAUUCUGUAAGAAGACUGAAUUUUCAUCCAAGCAUUUUGGCUGAAUUGGUUUGUGCAUUAGUCAUUCUAUCCAUUUCCACACAGAAAGAAAAAUUAUAUAAAAUGAUAAAAUUAUACCUCUUCUUGCACUAACUAGUGAUUAGCAUGCCAUCUCAAACAUAGGAAGCUGCCUUAUACUUAGUCACGCCACUGGUCCAUCUAGCUCAAGAUGGACAGUCUACACUGACUAGCAGCAGCUCUGCCAGGUUUCAGACAGAGUCUUUCCCAGUCCUGUGUGGAGAUGCUAGAGAUUGAACCCUUCUGCAUGCAAAGCCGAUUCUCUGCCACUGAGUCAAGCUUCUUCCCCAUGGAAGGUUUGAACUAUACUGAUUCAAAUAACCACCUCAGUACAGUGACACCUUGUUGAGGUGAGAGUUCUGACAGACAGAAUGGGCUUCCCUAUUGACUUCUGUUGAGGUGGCGAUUCUACAUGCAUAAAUAAGGUUUCCAUCCUGUGGUGAAACAAUUGGCGGAGCCUGUUUCCAUUGGAGUUCACGCACAGAACUUUCUGAGUCUCUCACUAUCUACUAAACACAUGGAAAUCCAAAAUACUGAGUUACUGAUUCCUGCAUUGUUUAUCAUUGCUAUGAUAGUUCUAGCCUUCAAUGAAAGUGCUGAACGUGAAGAAUCACAUCAAGAUCAGUUAUCCACAGUGGGCAAAGCUGGGCGGAGAAGUGGUUCUGCCACAAACAGAACGAUCCUUGGUGUCCUAGAAACACUUAUUCCUCAAAGUGAGAAGCUUCAUGACAAUGAAUCUUCUCAGACAGGUACUGCCUGCAGGAUGUUAAUGUAAUCUUCCUAUGUUCAGUUCUGUUUCUCUUUUAUGUCAGCGAAUAGGAAGGCUUUUAUGUCUCAGCGAGAAGUCCAGCCUUUAUUAGAACUGUGGUCUGACGCUUCUCCAUUUGGGGUGAAACAUGGCUUCAAAAAUGGAAGCAAUUUUUAUUGUGGUAAUUGCACAGGAGGAAAGCAGCAGCCCCUCCUAUGUCACGGUUCUGAUCCAGUUCCCCUGCCCCUUACACGGCAGCUACAUUCACAGACCUGCAUCUCACAUAUAUUUUGGCCUUCUUACUACCCUUUAAAGUGAAUUCCUAGUAUUCCAGUAUUAGGGCACUAAGAUAAUCAUGGUAGUCUGAGAAAACCUUCCAUUAAUAAUGGAUUGUUAGCAUUCCCAAUAAUGGAUGGCAUCACCGCCAGUCCAUGGAGGCCCAACCUCCAAAUGGCGCCAUCCCUUCUGCAGGAUCCUGCGCACAUUUCUCUGUCCUGCUACCUCAGUCAGUGUUAAAGAAUGGUGGACCCAUGUUCUUUUGCAUCAGAGGCACCUAAGUUUUAAAAAGAGGUAGCUUUGAGAAGAGCCACUAUUCCAUUCAAACAGAUAAGUCACAUUUCAUCAUCUGAGUAGGGCUUCAUAUCAUAUUAGUUUUAUUUCAUCUUGACACCACCACCCCAAUAUAAUUCAAUCUCUGACACCAAGAAUAUUAGUGUCAGAGUGCUUUACACACGAUUAUUUUGCUUGGGCCUCUGUUGUGUAGAUGCAGCCCAUUACUGUUGUUUUAGCAUUUCUUCAAGUAGAAAAUACUCUACAUUUACUGUAGAUAACCAAAAUUAUCUACAGUAUUUACUAAUUUGUAUUUCUGUUGCCUGCUUUGCCGUCACAACAUUGAAAGAACAAAUUUGUUUUUACAAAUACUUGGUAAUUGUGCCAUAAACAGCAUGUGUCUAUGAGGAAGUCAAAAUACCUCCUUUGCAAGCUUAUUUCUUUUCUUUUUUUAGAAACCUAGCUGUCUGCAAAUAAGAAAUGAACAAAAUAUGUUGUCUUCAUACCAUUUAACUAAAACCAAAAUCAUUUUAUAGCUGUGGAAUACAAAAUGCUUGCUUCACAUGUACAUAAUAAUGGCUAGAUAAGAUAUUGUUUCAAAGGAUUUAACUAAAAUGAAUUAACUGAAAUAUGAACUGGUUUUUUUUAUUGAAAAGUGCUUAUACUAAAAGUGUAAUAGAGAAUCUUGACUUAGUGACAGAUAAUCAGACCCCUAAAAGGCACCCUUUUUUCUUGCGUGCCACCAGUGUAGUUGGAUUCAUAUUGAACUGCAAGAUGCAUGUACAAUAGACAGUGGUUCUGCAUAUAUUAAAUUAACAAAUACUUCACCACAAAAGCAGAUAAUGGGAUGAAAGUUGAAGAAUCCACUCAAGGCCCACCAUCUCAUGGCAUAUAUCCUGAAUGGUCCAAUGAAGAAAGAUACCCCACAAACUCAUCCAGCAAAGAGACACUACCUGAAAUUAUUCAUCCAAGUGAAAAUGAGCAAAAAAAUGAAUCCAUUUAUACAGGUAUAUCUCAGAAAAGUUCUAUUCAGCCCCAAUCAUUAUUAUUUCCUACAAAGGGUGUAAUCCUGACUCCUAUGAAGUCAGCAUGAAUCAGGAUUGCAGCCUUAACUACUGAUACAUCCUAAGAAAAUUAUUUAAUCUGCAUAACAUGGGCCUGAUAGUGAAAAUGUGGUAUUGAUUCAGUCAUCAUUGUAGCAGUUGUGGUCUCCACAGGUAAGAUUAACCGUGAAGACUGAUAAUCAUGGUAUAUAGAUUAAUGAGAUCCAUCUUGGUGGGAGCAAUGAAAAUUGAUAUCCUACAAAAACAUCUAAAAAUGGAAUUAUGCCUGGUCUCAUUUCAAGUGUAAACAAGCAUGAAGAGGAUUUGGAAAUAUCUCAUUCGGGUACUAGGAAGAAAAAGAAAAUUCGGCAUUGUUAAACUUUUCUACACUUUUUAAAUUCAUUUAAUAAAUGUAUAGUCACCUUUCAAAACAACAACGACAAAACUUCCACAAGAUGACUGACAAAUAUGUAAACUCAAGAUCAAACAAUAAAUUUAAAAACAAUUUAGAAAACCCCAAAUCCACAAGAAAAUAGUAGCAAGCUUGCAUAGCACAUCAGUAAAUUUCUAAGCAAAACAUAAAUGUUUUUGAAGUCUUCUUGGGUUGAAGUCCUCUUAAAGAUGGAGCCAUGCAUACUUCUUUGGGAAAAGAAUUUGAGAAAUGUGGCAUGUUAGAUUGGAGGUUAUUAUUUCCCCAGAUGGAAUUUAUUACUUUGACAAUGCAUAUGGAGUUCAGUCUUAACCUAAUAAUUAAUACUGCUUAAGCCUUAACCUAAUCUUUUAAUUGACUUCAUCUAAAAUUCUGAUAGUGCCCGUAAAGCUAGAUAAGAUGGGCAUCAAAUAAUUAUGAGGAGGAAACUGCUAACAUAGGGUAUUGUCUAACUAAAUCAAGAGCUGAUCCACUGAAAUGAAUGGAUUCAUGUUAUUCCAGUCCACUGAUUUUAAUGGGUCUAUUCUUUAUCAGGCUACCAUUCGCUACCAUUUGUUGUCUUUAAAACAGAUUCAGACAUUAUUAUAGCAGCUGUUGGAAUGAACUACAAAGAUUCCUCUCAUGAUUCACACAUGUAGGCUAGUUUAUAUCCUCUUGGGCAGUGAAGGCAAAUUUAUUGCAGCUAGAGGGGAAAAAAAUGAAAAGGUUUUUUUUAAAAACCCACCUAUUCUUGCCUUUUCUUUUUUUAGACUGGGUUACUUUAGUCUUCCAUUGAGGUUGAUGACCAAAGGCCUAUGUUGACUUGAUCUGGACAAGUAUUUAUAAAUACUCCAGAGUCUGGCAAAAUAAGUCCUAUGGUAGAAAGAUUUGCUUUCCCAGACAAGAGGCUUCAAAAGAUUCAUGAAGCAGAGAUGGUUGUAUAUGAUCUUGGCUGGGACAGUGACAAUAAAUACCUUGCAAAUGCAUCUAAAUUUAAUUAGCCACCUAGAAUCAUUCCUCAGAACAAAAAGCAAGUAAAAAGGAAAUGCCACAUACAGGUACAGGCAGUGAUUCAUUAUCAUUAAAUCUUUUAGCUAAAUUAGAAAUAAUAAUAAUAAUAAUAAUAAUAAUAACCCCCCAUCUGGUUGUGUUUCCCCAGCCACUCUGGGCGGUUUCCAACAAAAGAUUAAAAAUACAUUAAAACAUCAGUCAUUAAAAACGUCCCUAAACAGGACUGCCUUCUGAUGCCUUCUAAACGUCAGAUAGUUGUUUAUUCUUUGACAUCUGGUGGGAGUGCAUUCCACAGGGCGCGUGCCACUACUGAGAAGGCCCUCUGCCUGGUUCCCUGUAACUUUGCUUCUCGCAGUGAGGGAACCGCCAGAAGGCCCUCGGCGCUGGACCUCAGUGUCCGGGCAGAACGAUGGGGGUGGAGACGCUCAUUCAGGUAUACUGGCCCUGUUUUCUGUGUAGAUUUUAUAGCUAUAGAAUACGUUUUGGAUAGAGCUAUAGUUCUGUCUCAUCUAAAACGGCUAUUGUGGUUACUGAUUUCCACUUUCCAUGUUAGGGUUAAGUAGAAUUGCACUUAGUGAAGCGCAUGUGAAAGCAGAGAAUUCAAAACUGACCCAGCCAUCUUUGUAACAGCAGUAGUCUCCAGUGAUAGCACUGACUAUGAAGAUUCCGGUCAGGAUACAAUGUUGCACAGUGAGCAUUCUGGACAGGAUAAUGAAGAAAAACAUCUCACAAACACAUCUGGAAAUCAUUUGCUGCCUGGAAUUCUUCAUGCAGCUGAAAGUGAGCAUGAAAAUGAACGUUCAGACACAGGUAUUGACUGGAAAAAUAGUAAAAACAUUUUACUUCUUUUUUCAGUAAUCUCUCUAGAUAAAUUAGAAGCUAUCUCAAACUAUGUAAAGAUGUAAUCCUGACUCCAUUUAAAUAAAUGGACUUUCACUAAACACAGGAAGCAUGGUGUGAUGAAAAAGUAUGCAAAAUUUGUUUGCUACUUGAGAUUAUCUCCUGCCUGAAAUAACUCUUCCAAGUUGAAGGAGUCUUGAAAUGGAAACAUCUCCUUGGGUGUCUUCCAAGUACAGGAAUUCUAAUGGUUUUUAAUUCUUCUGGUGUUGGACGAAAGGUACUUGAACUGUAAAUCAUAGUAGGUAAAUGCCAUCAGACUAAACAUAAUUAUACUUAAAAACCUAAUACGAUAUUGAUUCAAUUCAACAAAACAUAGCACUUAGUAAGAACUGAUGAAAAGAACGAUACCUAUGUAACAUUUGAAAAAUAUUCAAACCAUCAUUACAACAGCUGUUGCCUCCAGUGAUAAUGGCAAGCAGGAAGACACCACACAAAAACCACAUGCAAUGCAUCCUGGGUGGGAAAGUGAAGAUGAAGAUACCACAAACACAACUAUGGAUAAUAUCCCACCUAUAAUUAUUUUUUCAAGUGGAGGAAAGCAUGAAAAGGAGACGCAUCAUACAGGUACCUCCCAGGAAAUAGAACUUUAAUAAAUUUGCAGUUCUUUGUAUUAUUUUUCAAAUGUACUGCAUUGUCACCGUACUCCAUUUGAAGAGCUAUCCCAACUACUCUCAUUCUCUCUGCCAGUUGAUAAUAAAGUUCCAUUCAUUUGCAACAAAAUAAUGGUAUUCAUAACCCACUUAAAAGCAGAGUCAGUAAUUACAGGAGACGACUCUCCAUACUUAGCCUUCAAACCCAGGUGUGUGUUUUUUAUGAGUCACUGUGAGAAUGUGGGUGUAUAAAUGCAGAAAGUACAGAAAUAAAUUGCCAUAACUGCGACUUUCAGGGAUGACAAUGACCACUGACUUAGCAUCAGUCAGAUGAAUGGAGUAAUUUAGUGGUGGAGUAGUAAGGACAGGUAAAAUACAAAUAAAUCUAGGGCUGAAGGGCUACUUGGCAUUACGCCUCCAAGUUACAAAAACAAAACAAAACUGUACAUGAAUAGUCUUGUAGAGAUACAAUUUUUUUUUAUGUUAAACUAAUCUGUUUCAUUGAAAUCUUUUGAAGGAAAUUCUGCCAUCAACAUGCCCUUUAGGGAUGCUGAUGGGCUAACAUAUGCAUUAUUUAGAAAGAGUCAGAAGCCUCCCAAUACAUAACCAUAGAAUUAUAGAGUUGGAGGGGACCCCCAAAGGCCAUCUGGUCCAAGCCCCUGCAAUGCAGGAAUCUCAACAAAAGUUUCCACAACAGUUGACCAUCUAAUCUCUGCUUAAAAACCUCCAGUGAAGGAGAGUCCCUCACCUACUAAGGGAGUCCGUUCCACUGUUAGGCUACUCCUAUUGUCAGAAGGUUCUUCCUAAUGUUUAGCUGGAAUCUCCUUUCUUGUAACUUGAAUCUAUGUGCAGUAGAAGGCCAGGUAAUGUGCCUCUCAGUAAACAAUUUCGUAAUAGAUUACAUAAGCAUUGUAAUAAAUAAAUGAAUGAAUGAAUGAUCUAACUAUAUUGUGACAGCUGUGGUCUCUGAUGGUGGUAGUGACCAUGAAGAUUCUACUCAAGAAGCACAUCCUGGCCAGAACAAUGAACACAGGCAUCCUUCAAACACGUCAACAGAUUAUUUUGUACCUGGAAUUAUUUCUUCAGUUGAAUACGUGCAUGGAAAUGAAACUUCACAUAUAGGUACAAGCAAGAAGAAGAAAAUUCAGAUAUUUUCUUUGUUACGUUCUAGAUGAAUUAGGCUGCUGUAUUGAGCUAGAUAACAGGUUGCAAUUUUAAUCUUACUGAAAUCAAUUAUAGUGGUACCUCGGGUUACGAACUUAAUUCGUUCCGGAGGUCUGUUCUUAACCUGAAACCUUUCUUAACCUGAGGUACCACCUUAGCUUGUGCGCAAUUUCUGUUCUCAUCCUGGGGCAAAGUUCUUAACCCGAGGUACUACUUCCAGGUUAGUGGAGUCUGUAACCCGAAGUACCACUGUAUAGAAAUUCAUUGACAUUACACAAAACAAGGAAGAUACUCGUGUCAUGAUAGGGCACAAUGGUCUGUAAUUGAUAUGAGAACUGGCCAUGCAAUCAUAAUAUUUAAACUUGAUUCCAGCAUCAUUGGAAUAGCAGUGGUCUAUAGUUAAGGUGGGACGCGGGGGGCGCUGUGGGUUAAACCACAGAGCCUACGGCUUGCCGAUCAGAAGGUUGGUAGUUUGAAUCCCCACGAUGGGGUGAGCUCCCGUUGCUCAGUCCAUGCUACUGCCAACCUAGCAGUUCGAAAGCACAUCAAAGUGCAAGUAGAUAAAUUGGUACCGCUCUGGCGGGAAGGUAAAUGGUGUUUCCGUGCGCUGCUCUGGUUCGCCAGAAGUGGCUUAGUCAUGCUGGCCACAUGACCCGGAAGCUGUAGGCCGGCUCCCUCGGCCGAUAAAGCGAGAUGAGCGCCGCAACCCCAGAGUCGGCCACAACUAGACCUAAUGGUCAGGGGUCCCUUUACCUUUACCUAUAGUUAUGGUAUAAGCCUUGAACAUCCAUUUUUCAUUCAUGCACACAGUAAAGCUUUUAAGUAACAAUAAAAUACACUGCAAAUAUCUAGAGAUAACUUGCUACUUAGUAGUAUUCCUCUAUCAGAAAGUUAGAAUAAAAAGAAAACAUUUCAUGUAACUAUAAAGAGGAAGUGUGCAUUUUUGUUUUGUUUUUGUUUUUUCAUUCUGUUGAUAUAUUCCAAAUGAAUUAUAUUCCUUUUGUGUCCUGGUUUGUAAGGAAACUAAAUUUGCAUUGAGAUCCACUAAAAUGUGGUAAUGGAUAUCCAUUAGCAAUACUAAUUUAAAAAAAUUAAAUGCGAUGCUAAGCAAAUCAUGUGGGAUGUAGUUCUGCAAAUGUUACAGAACACUUAACAUUAACCCAACCAUCAUUAUCAUAGCUGUGGGUUCCAGUGAUGAUAUCAAACAUGAAGUUGCUACUCGUGAUCCAACGGUACAUGAUAUACAUCAUGAAUCAGGUAGAGAAGAUGAUUAUUCUACAAACAGCACGAAGGAUGAAGUACCCAUAGAAGUUAUUCCUCCAACUGGAAACAAUAACAUAGAUAAUUUCUAUCAUACAGGUAGUUGUGGCAGCUCCAUUCUUAAUUAUGUGGUGAUUGGUGAUGGUGUGGGGAAUCACAUUGCUCACAACUGGAUUCUUAUUUUCAGUCAGUAAAUAUAGUUGAACAUGUAAGGUGCACAAGAAAUGUAAUUGCAUGUAAAUAUGAGUAAAGCUGAGAACAUUGCGCAGUGAGUUAUUGGGAGGGGAGUGGCUUGCAAAAGCCAUCAUUUUGUAUUUUAACACGUCCAAACCUAAGUUCAUCAUUGAUUCACCAAACAGCUGUCAUACACAACGAUCAUGAAGACUCAACUCAACAACCAUUACCUCCCAUUCAUCAGCCAGGCUGGGAUGCUGAAGAAAUAUAUCCCACAAAUACUUCUAGAGAUGGUAUACCGAUGGGAGUUGAUUCAGAUAGUGAAAGCAAACAAACAGGUAUUGCGCUGAAUAAUCUAUUCAUUUCAUCACAAUGUAUGAAAUGAAGCACUGUUUUUGAAACAAAGCAUUUGUCGUUCUUUAAAUCUGUACCCCGCCUUUCCACCAAAUGGAAAUGUUGAUUAAUGUCUAGAUUUAAAGGUUGGAAUUCUAACCUAAGAAUAUUAUUUGUUCCGUUUAACAUAAGGUUGGUGUUUUCGGGCAAUUUGAGAGGGACUGAUUCUUUGGGAUCGAUGUCUCAUGCUUUAGGAAAUCCUCUGAUUUUAACUUUUGAAUGUUAGCUCUAGCCUCUGAGAGUUGAAAGUGCCCUAUGGGGAUAUUUUUAGGCAAUGAUACAUGACAAGGACAAGUGAUUUGUUCAAAAUAGGGAUUAGGGCAUAAAUUGUACUGAGGCAUAGCCUUCUGAAAAUUAGAAUUAAAAGUUCUCUCACUAGAGGCAAGCUUGCUAUUCCUUAAUAAUAAUAAGGAACAACUCCUGUUCUAAGAGUUGAUUUUAUGCAAACCCCAUUUAAAGGAGAUGUUCCUCCCAUCAAGUUUAUAUAGCAGGCUCCAGAAAAAACAGGCCUGGCAAUAUAGACAAUAGCAUUCAUUCCACGACACAAGAACUUGAUAGUACCUGACCAGAUAUUUCUAUGCUGAUGUUUUGUUUUGUUCUCAAGCUAGUCUGUAGGGCAUAAUGUCCUUUGGUUUAAAUUUCUGAUCAUGUGUAGAACUUGUAGAACAUAAACAAACAAGAUAUACAAAUAUGGUUCUGAAACUAAGUCUUACAUUUUAAUUCUUUAUAUCUCAUUCAUUAUGAUUAUUAUUUGCAUAUGCCAAUCACCCAGAGUCAAAUAAUGAUGUUUGCUGUGAUGAUCAUUUAAUUAUGACAUGAUUUAUAAUAAAAUUAGCCCAUGUUAAAACCUGUAGAAGAGUUGAAAUGAGUGUGUGAGAAAGGGAGUGGUGAGUAGAGAGCAGAAGGUUGAAGAACGUGGGCUCUCAUCCACAACUGACAAGUACUUGGCUGUAGCUCAUGAAUAGUUUUCUCUUCCAUCAAAAGUAUAUAACACAAAUGUCAUUGUCAAGUUGAUGAAAUUUUCUGCAUGCCUAAUCAACUGUCAGUGUCAGCUGCUGAUGUCAGAUGUUGGGUCAGAAAAUAAAACCAAGGGGGCAGCCAGAUCACUGUCAAAGUCUUUUGGAAUUUCUGAAUUGUAGCAAAUCUGGCAUCCCAGCAUGUUGUUUGGAUAGAAAUAUUCUGCUGGUAGAGUAAGAAGUCAGUGGAUCAGAGUGAAAAGCAGCUAAUAGUUUUGCUAUUUUUACAAUCUCAAUUCAUUUACCAUUGCCAUAGAUGUGGCCAAAGAAGAUUCAACCCCAGAACCAGUGAGGCAAUGGGGUCAUGAAGACAAAUACACGACGAAAUCAACAGCAGAUGUCUUAGUUCCUGGAAUUGUUCCUCGAAGAGGAAUAAGUCAAAAAAAUAAUACUGAUCAUACAGGUAUUCAGUAG